AUGUUCAAGACUCGUCGGAAAAAUGCCCUUUUGGUUGCAGUGUUGCUCCUACUGACUCCCAGUUUUGUUGUAGCAACAUUAUCUUCGUGUACAAGCAACUCUAUCGCAGACAUCUCAUCACCAUGUAAGUUUGCACCGGGAGUUCAUUCUUAUACCUCGUUAACUGUCCGUACUGAAGUCUUCCUGGAGACAACCUCUGGCUCCUCGCAGCAUUUCUUUAAUGUCUCUCAGACGUUUGACAUUCAAGCAAAUGGCAGAUUAGUUCUUGAUUAUAACAAGGAAAGUGGCAGUAAUCCUGGUGCGGGUGUGUUGACGAGUGGAAGCACCGGUAGAUCUGGCGGGAGUUACGGAGGCAGAGCUGGCGCUGCCGCUAAAACGCCGCUAUCUACAUCUCAGGCUGAAUCAUAUGGUAGCGCUUUUGUCGUCACACAGCCUGGGAGUAAUGGUGGCGGCGAUCCAAAUACACGCGGGAGAGGAGGAGGUUUCCUUAAGAUAUACGCUCGUAAGCUUGUCGUCGCUGGAACAGUGCAGGCUAAUGGUCAGCGCGCUCAGCAGAAUGACGGUGGAGGAAGUGGCGGUGGCAUCUCUGUAGACUGCUUCGAAAUCGAUGGCAACGGAAGAAUGGAAGCUUCUGGAGGGAUGGGUAGCGGCGAAGGGGGUGGUGGAGGCGGUGGAAGGAUUUCGGUGCAGUUUCAACACGGUUCCUUUUUAGGCCAAGCAAAGGCGUACGGAGGCAGGACGGGUAAGACAGAGAGUUUCAUCUGCUUUAUUUUCCGUGAUCGAGCUUACGACUUCCGCUUUGACUGCGUUCCUUUUUGCUCCUUGAGACAAACCUGUGACAUUUACAUGACAGAAGACAGCAACAGCGACUUCUUUUAAAAAUCCCCUAAAUUUGUUUACUUUCCCACAGAUUAUUUCCAAAAGUUUUCGCACAUAUCAAACCUCAAUUUUUGUCUGGCUCAACAAAAGUGUGAUCGUAAUAAACCACACUUGAAUGAUUCUGAAAGCCAAGCGUCUAGGCGAGGGAAAAAAUUAACCAUUAGAGACAAUAAACGAUGGCUAUCGGAGAGCACCCAUUUGUCUGAUAAUUCGUGAAAAAAUGGAUGUUUUCGUGUUGGCGAUUACAUUUCCGUUGCAUUCUCGGAUAAAGCCUAGCAAUUAGUGGAGAAAUCAAUAUUUGAUAAACGGAAUAUCAUUCUUGUUUUCUGCCAAUUUAAAGGAAUCGGAUCGCUUUCGCAUUUUAAACAAGGAUAUCAUUAGUAUUAUAAGCGAGGAUAUUAUUGAUCAUUUAAUAUCAUUGAUAUCAUUUAAUGAUCUUAUCAAUAUAAGAGUGAGGUAUUUUCUUGUGCAAGGCCUUGCAAGAAGUCCAUAUGUAUCUCAGUCUCAUUGGCUUAAUACGCCGAGCAAAACAAUCCUCCUUUCUUUGAUUGCCAUAUGCCAGACAGCCGGGCACGGUUUUUGAAAGUAUCAUAUGUCUGUUAGGAAAUGCCAAUCGAUCCAAAAACUGUUGGGUUUUUUUUUUGUCAAUCAGUUGAAGAAAUAUCUAAACUUUGGCCUCAUAAAGCAAAAUCGCUUUGAUCUCGAUUCUUGGAAAAUUCACUAUAACUAAUUAGCUGGCAACCGGGCACAGUCUUGAUUGGACUAACUGCUCGCGGUGCAAAAAUUUAUUCAUUCGUCUCUUUUAUACAGGAGUUCCUCUUAAACUAGAACUCAAUGCGAUGUGUACAUAUUUUUAGAAUUUCUUUUGGUAUAACAACCUCGAGACCACCGAGUGCAUUUCAUCAACACAAAUAUGUAGAAGUAAUUUCCUCAUAUUUACAAUAUUCUUAUCAACACACAGAAUAAGAGCUUGUGAUUACAAAAAUGUAGCAAAACACUUGAACUUUUUUCUCCCCCGGGCAAAAAUCACAAAAAUGAUUUUUGCGUGCAGUCGUGCUCGUAGCAUUUAAGUGUUUGUCAAACUAUACGUGCGUCCAACAUCGCGUCUGAUAGCGUCAUAGAAAUCAUUUCCGCUCCCACAAUAAGGAACUUUGCUUUGUGGCCCGUCUUGAUUAAACAUUAAGUUACGAAAACAGUUUCCCUUUUAAUUCUUCUUCACUCACCCUAAUUAAAUUGACUAUGACAAGGAAUUUUGGAUAGGUGUCGAAACAAUAGCUUUGGAAUUUUUUUCCGUUUUAGAUCUCGGAAACAGAACAAAUUACUCACGACAGGACUGCGAGAUGAAAUGAGGUCUGAUACGUGUAAACUCUAUCAGUUUGAUGGAGUUGUCGGAAAAUGCAUUGUCGUAUCUAUGAAUUUUGGCUUAAGAUUACACACGAUCGCAUGUUAUCGAAAGUUUGCGCUAAGCGAAAGCUUGUGAUUACAGACUUGAAAUGUAACACUUAAAUUUUACACCCUCGGGAAAAAGUCACCAUGAUUUUUAAAAUUUACGAUCGUUGUCAUUGCGUUUUUUCACCCACGGGCUUAAUCUACCUAAAUUUAAUUGGCAUUUUUUCGAAUUUCUGUUUCUUUUUUAAGAUACGUGCGUCCGAAAUCGUAUUAUUUCGUGUUUCACUGCGUGAAGGGUUUGAUUCUUUUACGACUCAUUGACGUAAUCGCUGAAAUCAACAACAACGAGGCCAACAACAACAAUAAGAAAACGUCUUAGAUUUUCCUUAAGCAACAAUAAGAGCAGCAACGAGAUGCUUGUUACACGCGCAGCAGAUGAAAUAUCAUGUAAAAUUGGAUUUUUUGCUUGCUAAGAGCGAUAAUGAAAGGAAAAUCAAGAAUGAUGUGCUUCAAGGUUGAGACAUAUUUGCACGUUUAGGUCUUAAAUUCAUGAAUGUGCACCAGGUUGUUCUUAGGCUUUUCCUAAAUAACCGUGGUUGUCAGAAGAAUCUAUAUUUCGGUCCCGAUAUUUUGUACACGAAUCAGGGUAUUUCCGGGUUAAAAUGUUAUCUAUAAUUUGGGCUUCCAGAUUAAACAAUUUCGUUUGCAAAGUACGUGACCAUUAGCUGCUGUUGUAAGUACUAAAAAAAAGCGCAAAUCAACACUCUAGAGAACGUAUUUGAAGGUUAUAGUCUGCCUCGUUGGAAUUUCACUUUUAAAAUAUUGACGUUGCCACAGCCGUAUUUGACAUUAUUACCGCACCUCGUCGUGAUCUGUGGAAAUCGAUCGCAGUUUUUGUCAUUCAUUCAUUUAUUUUUUCAGAAAAUGAAGUUAAAGCGCAAGGUGUUGCUGCUGGUUCUCACUCUUUAACUGCUUCCUCAAGGAUGAGUGUGCCUGCCCCUUACCCUUCAUCCAAUAUAGUCUACGACCCCUCCAAAGGCCGAUUAAAUUACCAGGGGUCCCCUGGCGGAUGGAUGCCAGCGACCAAUAAUAUUGGAUCUGAGUGGCUCGAGGUAAAAUUUGUCUUGAGCUUGUUUCUCUUUGUUAUUGUGUUUGCAAUGUUAAAAUUCGACCGAGACGAGAGACUGAUCAUUUUUUUUUAAUCGCCUAGGGGGUGGGGGUUUAGAAGAGCAAAGGCAGAGCGGGUGGCGAAGUCAAAGGCUUAGUAACACAUAAGAGGAAGAGGCGAAGAAGGAUCCCCCUGGCCUCGCGCUUGCUGUUACGGGCAUUUUUUGUGUCGAUUACUUUGAACCUCGGUCAUCAUCCCGGCCAGAAAAGGGUCUUCAGGACUAAUUAUAUUCUAAAAUUUUGUAAACAGGUUCGGUUGUCUAAAGAGGCUUACAUAACUGACGUGGCUACUCAAGGUCGACAUAGCGGGAGUGAAUAUACCUCUUCAUAUACGUUGAAGUAUCUUGAUCCUUAUAUCAGUUCACCAGAGACAUGGAGAGAUGUAAAGGUAAGAACUUUGUGUGUCCCAAAGCAAAUACUCUGUGGCUCUUAUAGCUAUAUAAAACGGUAAAAAUUCAAGAGAAGACUUUCGAAGUUUUCGUGUAAGAGAAGAAGUACAAAUCUAAAUGCAGCACUAAUUUUUAUUGGCACAGUAGGCAAUUGACAAUUAGUUCUUUACUGAGAAGAAUUUUACAGUAUGUGACAGCAAGUCAGUAGGUAGAUUUGUGUGUAGUCACGUUUCCGUCACACAAUACUUAGCAGUGGGUACGUCACUUUCGUACUGCUGCUUGUCAACCCGAACUUCCCGUUUAAAAGGUAGUUCUUUGUCGUUUAAAUUUGUGUAACAUCAAUUGUUUUUAUUUACGAAUUUAUAUGUAAUUCUAUUCAAAUAGAGAGUGAGUAGUUAUGCUGUUAUAGUUUGGCAAAGACAACGAACUGAUGUUAAGUGUAUUAUUAAAAUGUUCCUGUUUCUUGUGAAUUAAUCCUAUCAUCUUCGUAAAAAUUGGCGAUUAUUUUGAUAAUUUUUUAGGAGAAUGGUGAGGCGAAAACCUUUACAGGAAACUCGAACACAAAUACAGUCAAGCAGAAUGCUCUACCAACAGAUGUAUACACGAGAGCUAUUCGAUUUUAUCCGAAGGCAUUCAGCGGUGGAAUCGCCCUCAGAGUUGAACUAUAUGGCUAUGCUGCAGGUUUGUAAACAUAUUUUGACAUUAUUGCUAAAUGGAAAUUACUUAGAUGUGUCAAUAGAGAUGCUAAUCCUUCCUUGGCUGUCAAAUGUUAUGAAAUUCAGUCAAUUAACGUCGUUUCGUUUGCAAGGCUGCUUCGGUGCAUGCGGAGCACGGUUUGUUUCCAUAACUAUUGAAGACCCAGUAGCAAAUGAUCAAGCGAGAAGAGGAUAAAACGGCGACUUUUCCCUUUAAGGAAACUUUUGCGGCCCAAAACGCCGCUUUAUCAACUCCUUGCCCGAUUUUGGGUCUUACAGUUACCGAGUAAGGAAAGUAAUGUAAAAUUUUGCGUCACACAACGCGUCACGCCAAUUUCGGUUGGAAUGACUGACGGGUUUUUGAAUAGGGGGUGCUCUCUCUACUUGGCAAGUGUGAAAAAUUACUAAAUCUAAUUCAUCUAGAGGCAAAUGUGUGUAACUGUGGUUAAAUCGUUUUAAAUGUUCCAAUUUUCUUGCUGGUGUCAGGUGUAUUUCAAAACUGUUAUCGGGGUCUUGAAAAUGCAAUUCAUGUCUGCAGCCAAAAUUUUAUUACCAUUCCGGCCGAUCCUUAGCCAGCUAAUGAAUCCUUAACGCCAUUUUUUCUCUCUCCGUGAUGUCUCUUGAAAUUUCUUGACCUCUUUCACGUAUAUGUCUAGGAAAGGGGUGCAAGGGGAACAUAAAUCAAUUUAAUUUGCCCGGCGACAAAAAUUUACACUGUUGCUUUCAUUGCAGAUCUUGCCAGUAAUCCUGGUUGCAGCUACGUGCUCCCUCAAGGUUAGUUUAAUCAUAUCAGUUAUCAAUGAAUCGCUACAUUUGGUUGGUACCUCUGCAGUAUACAAUAUUUAUAAGGAUGUGGUUAAACCUUAACAUCCAGAAGUGAUUAACAUGCAACUUCUUCCCAUGAUAUCUAUACAUUAUUCAGAAAACUGGUGGUGAGAAUACUCGAACUCAUCCGAUAAAGGUUGUUAUCUUGAUCUAACAACAAAUUUCCGUAACUAGUUUUCUAGGAAAUCUCUAGUAGCUAGAGGGGAGAAUUAACAAUCAGAUCCUGAGAGUUGAAGGGUGAAGUGGUGGAGAGGGGGCGAAAUAUGCCCUUGUGGUCUGAGUUCCCAACUAUGUACUUCCUUCCUCUGCCCAAAGAAGGUUCACUUUCAGUGAAAGAAGGCGGCGUGAAUUUCCUACACCGAUUACAGAACUCAGCGAGGAAAACCGUACACAAUCCUGGACUACUUUUGACAGUCGAUUAAAAAUGGAACUAACAUGCAGUUUUGUAACUCUUCAGAUAACAAUCCUGAACCCGGAGGACCGGGAACAGUUUACUUCGACGGCUACAAAAGCGGUUCCAGACAUCGAGUGCUGAGUGUUGACAACCAGGGAAGGCGACCGAGGGUAAGUUUCAAUAGCUUCUACCGCACGAAACCAACGGAAACUGUUUUAGAGAAAAAUGAAAAAGAUCCAGAGAGACAAAACAAACCAAAUCAAGCAAAUAAUGGACCAAUCAUUCUUUAUCGCCUUAAGGGGGGGGGGGGAGGGAGUUUGUAGGAUCUUAGUUGUGUCACGAUUAAACUUACCUGGAUCAAUAUCAGUAUCUGGGCAACUUCCCACCUACCCCUCCCCUAACCCAACAACAGUCAAUUGAUAACAAGUUAGGGUUAAUGUUGGGUUAGGGGAGGGGUAGGUGGGCAGUUGCCCAGAUACUGAUAUUGAUCCACUUACCUAAUCUCCCAAUAAAGCUCUGUGUUAUUUUUGUGAUUCCCCCCACAUUGGCAGUGGUCAAUUUUCUGUGGUCCCCCCUUUUAUACUCUGCUGGCGACGACUGAUCCGCCCCUCUCCCCGCUCCCUAAAAUCCAUGUUGUAAUCCCCCAAAAAUACUCCAUCCCCCGGAGAUAAAUAACGACAGGUCUCUAAAAACAAACGAAAAGAAAUAAUAUAAAAAACACACUAAUAUAUGCACACAAUAAGCCAUAGCUGUUGAAGGAGGUCUAAGAGCGUAUUCGAUCCCCCGUUCCCAUAGAGAAAGAGAUGAAACAAAAUAAGCGAGAUACCCCACAUUCUAGCAGACCGUUAGUGAGGGACAGCUCCAUUAGAAGACUGAUUUCUCUGCUAGAAAAAGAAACUAUUACUGUUUCACUUUAAUGGCCAGAUGUCUCUUCUUGUUUCACCCUUAGUUAUGGUUGUAACGGUGUAAUAACUAUCUCACGAAGUUUGCUAAUAUCUUUUUUAUUGCGAUAUGUAUUUUUUCAUGAUGUGUUUGUCCUCGAAGUUAUGAUUCAUACAAAGAAUGCUCAUUAAUAAGGCUGUAUUUGCUUACUUACAGAUCAACAGUUCAUCAGAUGUCAGCGUGUUCUUGCAAACAGGUAACCUAACUAAUCUUUGUCAUGGCCUCGUUGGUCUAGAAUGUUAUCACUUCGCCUGAGGUUAUCAUGACAGCAGUACCAUAUUAUCAAAUGCUCCACCAGUUGCAGUGACCAAUGAAAACUUAAUCAACGUAAAACGUAAUCCCGUUUUCUUGAUGACCAGGUAGGAGGUCGAGAUAACCGGUUACUGCCCCAGCAUUUUGAGUAAUCGAUGAGUAAUCGAUGUUAUUGAGAGAGCGAAAAAGAAGAUUGCACAAAGGAGGCAGUUUUGACCGAAUGGGCGUGGUGAAUAAUGAAUAACGCAUUUAUCAAGUGGGUAGAAGAUUACACCAAAGAAAAGUUAAAAAGAUUCACGAAACGCGGAAUGGUUUCCUUUACUUUGUGCUCUCUCCCAGAGUACAGUCGGUCGUGUGAAAAGGGCUUGCUUAAAAAAAGGCAGAGCGAGGAUUUCUCAAGGGGAGGAAUUUAGGAAUUUUCGCGCAAUCUACAUGAUUAAACCGGGGGUUAUACCGCUGCUCUACCAUGUGUAUCGGUAAGCCCGUGUUCAUGCGGUGGGGAGGACCAGCAAGUGGAUUAUAUAGCCCGGGAAUACAUGUAUGCCAUACAGAUUCUUCAGAUUUGUGCGUUUUCAAAAACCUUAAGUAAAAGAUGCUAGCUGAAUCCCCCGCUGGUAAAAAAGGCCCAUAUCUCACGCCCUGUUGGUCAAUCAGAACGUAAGGCUCACUUCAUCGUGCUCGAUCGCGCAGCUAACCCUUGGAUAAAUUUAGCUCUCCGGUAAACUUCGUUCAUUUUAGAAUGAAUACUAGCUGGGAAACUAGACGAAAACCGUCAGUGAAAGUUACAGAGAUAUGCUGGCUUGUAACAGGAGUGAACUGGUAGACACCUAACGGUAUUCAGGGUGAGGUAGUCCAGACGGGCUUCCAUGCUCACGAGAGACUAAGCUUAUUUUAACAAUUUUAAUGAAAAAAAAGUGAUUGCUCUACGUUAACUGGGUAAUUUAAUUCCUAUGGUAGGUGCUGCGGCCUGGGUUACAGUCUCCGCUGACCAUAAGAUAGAGGAGGUGGAAAUUUCAGGAGGAGCUCAACUUGUCAUCGCAGGCUCAGCUAAAAACCUAACCGUCGACAGCAUAACGGACGACAACACUGGGUACUUGUAUCUACUGUCAUCCAUGCAACUGCAAAUUAGCACACUUUUGUCACCUUGCACGUUGAUAUAUCACGGAGCAGAGCUCAUCUUAUCCGACCUAGCACCAAACGUCUCUCUCGAACGCUCGGUUGAUGUACAUGGUACGCUUUCCACUCUUGGUGCCCCGAGUGUCUAUGUGGGAGCGCAAAAGGGAGUGUUUACAAUGCAUCCAGGUUCUGGCCCAAGUUCGCUUAGCUUUGGAGAACUCAUUAUCGAGUCUUCAAGUCAUCUCCAGCUGUUGAACUACGAUAAACAGUCUCCGGCCUCCUGUCGCUGGUCUGUGGCUCUAACAUCCUCCAAAUUCACCUUAAGCGAUAAUUCCAAAAUGGACGUCGAAUGUCCGUUUAAUCUAACAGGCCAUCAAAUGAACAUUGGGCUCAACUCUGCACUGAAAAUAAACGGUAACAGCUCAGUUUCGUACAUUUCCAUGAACGGCGUCUCUAUACGUGGCACCUUUGAUCCAGGAGUUCUUUCCCUUUUAGAAGGUUGGAAAACUCUCAGGAUUGAAAGAUAUGGUGAUAUGAGAUUUUUCCCUCAUGGUGACGUUAGAAUAAACACAUUUUACUCGAACGGGAACUUCCACGUAGAAGGAGUCGUUUACCUAAGAGGGAGAGAUCCCGCGGUUACUCAAUUAAUCGAAGUUGACGAGUAUGGAAGUGUGCAGUUUGACUUGCCCCUUAGUUCGAACUCUUUGGUGUUUGUGCACAACAACUCACACGAGUUUGGCUCCCAUGGCAGACUGUCACUAAACGGAGUGUCCCUCGUUCAUGCUGACAUUGUUGUUGUUGAUGGAACUUGGUUGCCAAACAAGUUGAAAAUUGAACCAGGAUGGAAAGAACUGACUGUGGAACACGGGGGUAAAUUUCACUUUGACCCGGUUGGUAUUUUUCAGCUCAACAAGUUUCUCCUUGAUGGCGAUGUCAAGUCUUUAAAUGCGGUAAAAAUGGAAGGUUUAUCCCAGCAGAAAGUCCAACAAUGCGAAGUUGGAUUCCAUGGUACAGUACUUAUCGAUUCAGCUGACCUUACAACAAUUCUCUGCGAGUAUGUCCUACUGUCAGGAACCCUGCGGGUCGGGAACUUGUCAAUAGGCUCGGUAUGGAAUGAUCUACACGUAAAUGGCACAAAUGGAAAAUUCUAUUUCGAGACCUCAGAGCCCCUGAACAUCAAUCAGAUACGGGUCAGCGGAUUAAUCGACACCGGAUCAGCGAUCGGUCCAAGUGCCCCGCUAACUAGCGACAAUUUCACUAUCGAAUCAGCAGGAGAAGUAAACAUUCACUUUCAAGCCCAACCCGCCAUAACUGUCGAUGGUGCCAUCAAUUCUACUUUGUACGUGACCACUUUGGAAGUAAACGGUCUUUUCAAGCUUGGCUCGCUGUACCUCAUUACUGAUAACCUUAGCGUUGGAUCAUCGGGGCGCAUUUCUGUGAACGGUGGCGGUGCUCAAGGAGGAAUGGGACCUGGAGCCGGUUCUCAGAAAGAUGGCGGAGCCUCUGGGGCGAGUCACGGUGGACGAGGGGGACGUGGGUCGCAGACACUAGCUCAGCAGCUGAUCUAUGGUGACAUUUUCUCACCAGGAGGGUGGGGAAGUGGAGGUGGUAAUGGCAGUGGGAACAGUGGCGGAGGACGAGGAGGUGGAGUGAUAUUUCUUCAAAUCAACCAGACAUUUGAUGUCAACGGCGUGAUCCAGAUGAAUGGACUUCCUGGACAGGUAAGCCGAUUUAGGUUCUUUUCAUUUACCCUACAAGUAAAUUAACCUUGCCAAUCACUUCUCCCUUCGUAAACCUAAGGGUUUCAACAAAUUAAAGUUUGUUUUACGUGGCAUUUCAUUGGACCAAACAAGACUUUUAAAUUACAAAGAAAACAGCAAUUUACUUGAUGUCAACGUUUUUUAACAUAUCAAACAGUUUUGUGUCUUCAUUCGUAGUCAGCCUAUGUAGUUUCGUUACGGAAUAUUAGCUGAUAUGAGUGAUAUAAAACAUUUUGUGAUGUAAGUUGAAUACUAAAGAGAUGUUCUUGGACCAUCGUCAAUGAACGUUCUUUCCUUCUAUCUUUUAGACUUCCACGAGUGGCGGCGGAAGUGGUGGGUCUCUGUGGGCAACUUGUCAACAAUUUACCGGAAGCGGUAAAAUCGAGGCCAAAGGGGGUAAUGGGAACACUUAUGGCGGUGGUGGUGCUGGGGGAAGAAUCACGGUAAAUUACGUCACUGGUGGUUUCCAUAGCGACGGUACGGAUGCCUCUGGGGGACAGGCUGGUUCUGGGAGUAAUGUUGAACACGGAGGACCUGGAGUCAUAUACUUGGAUGGGAAAUCACCCAUUAUAAAAAACCUGCGCAUUGACAACAAAGGACUAAAGCCACUGGUGAGAGCUUCCUUUUAUCUUUUCAAUACCUGAAAAUUUCUAAAAGUUGUAUUUUAGCUCUUAUCCCGAGGAAAGGCGAGAAGAUAGAUAUUCCAAAUACUUCAAAAUGUUUCACUUUAAAGAAAUCAAUUAUCAUUUGGAGCUUUUUAGUUAUUCUCUCCUAGGAACUGCUGGUUUUAUAAUGUUCAAGACGUAAAAAUGAAUACUCAAUCCGGAAUAAGAUUGGUAUUUUCGCAAAAUGUCUGGAAUUCGAACACUACCGGGUCAGCGCUACAUAAAGACGUGCCUGUCAGUUUUACAACGGGAAGGUGGCCUUUGAUCGUACUUUGUAGUCUUGACUGUGUGAUCAGUAGUGAUGUCUAAAACAAUCUAUCUCUCUUCACCGAGAAUAGCAAUGUCUUAAGAAGGUUUUUAUUUUCUUUUACUUUUCCUUUGCGUUACAGACUUCACUUUCGGGAGAUUACAGUACAUUCAUAUAUUCAGGUUUGUUACUUGCUAAUAUCAUUAUGAAUAUUUCUCAAGUCACCGUCUACGUUGAAACGAAGUCAACUGAAAGGUGGUUUUUCGUACAAGUAAAUUGAUUUUAAAACUAAAUAUCUAUCUAAAUUCCGAGGGAUGAGGCCACAAAAGUAUAAAUGUAUUUUAAAGUCGGAAGUCGAGAUAUCUUACUUAAAAUUCUCUGAUCUUUGAAAUGUUAUUUCCAUUAGGUGCUGUCGCUUAUCUCAACCCACCUUCGGAUAAUUUUGUUUAUGAUUUUACGCUGGUUGAAGUCUAUGGCGGGGGCCAGCUGGUUUUCCCGCGCUCGGGAACUGAAGUGCGCGUCGAUACCAUAAAUGGAGAUGACACCGGAUACAUACAUGUGCCUCCUUUUAACAUCCUAAACGUGACGGGAACGUCGGAAUACAGACGCAUCAACGUCACCUGGGCGCCAUUUAUUUAUGAGGACGCGACGUUUGUUUUACCAAACGGAACUGUCGAAAUCCGAAAGGCCGAAAGUUUACUUUAUCCGAAUAUAGAGCGAAGCUCCCACAUAAGCUUUUGGGGAAGUGUGUUGGGGUUUAAAGCACAUCUUAUGGUGGCCUACGGAGCAACGGUUUCCUUUGAGAACUCCUGUCCACGUAAUUUGAAUUUUGUCGGAAUAACCGUGCAGAAGACCAGUCGGCUUUUGUUUAAGAGCAAUAUGUCAGUCGAGGCCGAUGGCUGGACCGUAGAGGUUGCAAAAGAUAAUGGACCAGUGUACCGUGAUGGUAUUGUGACUAUAGAGGGUGAUGGAUUAAUUGAAGCGCGAGCUUUAACAAUUAAAGCUGCGUCACUGAUAGUAGAUCCACGAGGAAAAUUGACACUUGAUGGAAAGGGAUACUUUGCUGGUAAGCUUUUAAGUUUUGAAUCUGUCAGUUAAAUAAUGAGAUAGGAAGUCCAUUAGUCAGUUAAUGAGUCAGUGAGUUGGAUAGCCAGCCAGCCAGCCAGCCAGCCAGCCGGCUCCACAGUUAGUUCCUCAAUCAGGCUGUUUGUCUAGUUAGUAAGUAAGUGAGUGUGAGUCAGUCAGUCCGUUCAUCCUUUCGUCCGUCAAUUGGUCAUUCAGUCAUUCAAUCAGUCAGUCAGUCAUUCAGUCGGUCUGUCAGCUUUCCUGUCCGUCCGCUCGUUUGUCUAUCUGUUUUUCGGUCUAAAGGGGGUAAGUUUCUAAAGAAACAGUGGUGCUGCGUCGGUUCGGUGGGAGAGUAUAACAGGGUGAUUUAAUAUGUUCAACCGAUUGGUAACGUAAAUUGAAUACCGUAAAGAGUUUAAAAGCUCACGUUUCGAGCGGUAGCCCUUACAUUCGCUCUAACGAAGGGCUAGCACUCUAAACGUGAGCUUUGAAACUCUUUACGGUGGCCAAUUUACGUUAUCAACUCAGUUGAUAAUACUGAAUUACCCUGUUAUUCGGUCUGUCCCUGUUUUUUGUUUGUUUGUCGGUUUGUCUAUCUGUAUCUCUACCCGUCUGUCCGUUUGUUGGUCUGUCUGUCUAUCUGUCUGUCAGUAUGUUUGUCUGAAUUUCCCCAAGUCUAUUUGUCUGUUUGUUUGUUGGCCCUGUCAAUCAGCCAGUCGAUUAGUCAGUGUAAUUAGUCAGUCAGCUUUUAGUGUUUGCAAAUCAGAUACUCCGACUAAUCACACAUCCCGAACUAUAAAGGUUCUGGCUCUGGUUCCGGAUUGUCAGACGGAUCAGGAGCAGGUCAUGGAGGCACUGGCGGAAACGGAAGAGUGACCACGACAACGGGUAUACCGUACGGUGAUUACACCAAUCCUCGACUUUUUGGAAGCGGUGGUGGACUGGGCUCAAAUGCUGGCUUUGGAGGUGGAGUACUGCUGCUAAAGAUAGUUGAUUCCUUAGUGGUGGAGGGUAAGUUGAAAUAAACCUAGCAUUCUGUUAACUUGUAGGAUAACAAACGCCGAAAAACGGUUCCAGUGAGUUCCAGUGCUAUCGAUAUUGUCACUCCAGGGGGUCCACCAGCUGUGAGCCACUGAUUCAAAAUGGGCGUUUGCUUUGCCGUUUGUAUCCCUCUUCAUGUAUGACUAUGAUUUAAGUUGAAAAUCGUUCAUAGAUGUUCUUGUCCCCAGGCUAACCUCAUAAGUCAUAGCGAUCAACGUUACACUACGAAAGUUAUUCUCUGUUAGGAACCAUAACUGUAAGUGGAAGCCAGGGAGUAAGUUCUAACUCAGGUGGAGGCAGUGGAGGAAGUAUCCUGAUCCGUACUCGUGCCCUUGAAGGCUCAGGAGUCAUAGCUGUCAACGGUGGCGCUGGUAAUGGUAAUGGGGGUGGUGGAGCAGGAGGAAGGAUGGCUAUCUACUGGCACGACAGGGAAUGGUGGCGCGGGUCCUUGACUGCAUUCGGUGGUAGCUCUUCUCAAGGUGGAAAUGGCGGAGUAGGCACAGUGUAUCUUGUGGUGAGAAAAAUUUUAUAAUCAGAGGGAGGUAUCUGUUGUUAUCCUAAAUACGUUCUUAAACUUACCUUGGUUUUUUUUGUCUCAUCAGGAUACCCAACAUGGUGUGAACAACAGGACUCUGAUCUUCGACAAUAAUAACUUGAGCCCAAGUGCCAUGGAGAUAUCAGAUUAUUCAUCACCUUACACGAAUGGCGGAAGAGCAUGGAUACUACCAAUAGAUCAGGAGUUUGAGCUGGAAGAGGUGCAUAUAUUGAGGAAGGCUCACGUAGCUCUCCACCCUAACAUAACCAGGUAACAGUAACAACGUUUUUUUAUUGUUAAUCGUUCAGAUUUGGUCGUAAAUUUCCUUCUUGGUUUCAUUUUUUGGUUUUUACCUCUUUUACCAGGAGGUAGGUAACUAGAAGAACCAAGUUGCAAAGCAGCGAUCGACUUCCUGCUCCAUUUUUUCGGGAAUUUUUUCUGACAGUUAAUGACAGUUUAACACGAAAGGAAUGGGUGUUGUUUCGCUUUUUGAGUCGUAACUCAGUAACUGGAUAUACAACCAUGCGUCAUGCAUUGGUUACGUGCAUUUUCUCAACGAGUAACAUAGCAGAUUUAGUUGAACUCAAUAUUAGGGGAAGUGUGACCGUGAGAAUUGUGUUCAAUUUUUUAUGUGAAAUCAUCUUUUUUCACAGACCCCAUGGAUUGAAGGUUUACAGCUUUGUGGGUGAUCGCACAGGAGUUCUUCACGUGGGUCCAAACCAGGUUGUGAUUGGUCAGUUUGCUGAUCAUGAGUUGUUCGAAGUAAAUGUCUUUGUUUACAGAGACGGACACUUCCACCUGCCACCAACUUUCGCGUGUUACGGUAUCGAUAUCACUGUCAGGUUAGAGAAUACAAUAAAAUACAAAUUUUAUUGGCCAUUCAUAAAGAGAAAGGCGUUUUACAUUUCCAAAUAAGUUAGUUUACAAUGCUUGUUAAAAACAAUAUUUUAAUAGAUAGCAAGGGGUCCUGCAGAAACCACGGGGCUUAAAAAGAAAGUAUUGGUGAUAAUUUUUCAACAUGGUAACGAUGGUUAAAAGAGAUACAUUGUAUUAAGGUUUUUAUAUGGUAUUCUAUGGAUGUGCGAUUUGGUAUUCAAUCUCCAUAAGCUUUACUGUCGCCAUACCCUAAAAUGAAUACAGCCCAUUCCAAAAUAGAAUGUCGUUUAAUAGUUAGUGGCCCUAAAUCUUUCCAAGUGCAGGUACUAACGUCCCCCUUUAACUGGAGCAUUUAAGAGGAAUGCCUCCUUUAUUUCAGUUAUUUUCAUUUAGGCCUGAAAUAUUGCAUGCUUAACCCUUUAACCUGUGAGAUUGACGAACAUCUAAUUUCUCCUUACAACUUCACCCUUGACUCAAACAUUAAGGUCAUGAGAAUAAAGGAGAUGAUCAACAACCAAAGAAGCUCUUGAUUGUUAAACAAAUUCUCCUUGUCAGCACCCUAGGAAUUGUCUAGCGAGUAGUAUGGAGAAUAUGCAUACUGAUGUUAAGGAAUAAGGGGUUAAGAAAUAGAUUCCAUGUUACUAUGCAUCUGCGCAAUAAUAGAUCACAGAUGACGUCAAAAUGUGGUAAGAACAAAAAGGUAGCUCACGAGGCGCAGCCAAGUGUGUUACUGAUGUUUUACCUCAUUUUGACGUCAUCUGUGAUUUAUUACUGAACAGACAUACAGCAACGUGCAAUAAAUUUAUUUUAUAUAAUUAAGAACAAGUCUCUGUAAGAAUCAAACAUCUUGGGAAAUGAACAUUUUCAAUCCCCCUUCAAAUUUUGCAUGCAGUUAGGCGCUCAGGGGGAUGCACAAAAAUACCCUUUAAAGGUUGCAGCACUCUUGUUGCCAUGGUAACAACGGCUGCUUGUUCGAAGCCUGGGGCCUCAUUUUCAUACAAAAACGUCGCAAAAAAAGAGUCAAAUGUUGAUUUCUCUAUCUCAAGCUAAAUACAACAUUACAAAUUGGCACUUCUACCAUACAUAGUGACAUCAUUCGUCUUCACUUUAAUACAUUUAAUUUUCCCUGGGAGGGAAUGUGAACUCACCAAUAGAUUAUUCAUCUCGGUACAAUUUCGGUCAUUUUCGUUGUCGGGUAAAACAGCGAAAACGUUUAUCUGAAUUUCUCCAAAAGUACACCGAUUCUGGGACUGAAACUACCCACCUAGCUUGUUAUAAUAUUUUUGUUUUUAAAUAUGUAAAAAACUCUGCGGGCCUGCCUCUACUUUUUAUAGGGGCAAUUCGCGAAAAAAGCUCAAAAUCAGAUAUUGCAUAAUUUGGCGAUGUUUACAUCUAAAGUUCUCAAUAACAAACGUUUCAGACAAAUAAACGUGCGAGGCUUUGAAAGAAAUGUUAUCUUAUGAGCAAUAUCCCGAAGAGAAAUCUCACCUCUGGUUGUCAUCUUUUAAAAAAAAUUGCUCAACCUUCAUGGAGGACAACUCGACAUAACUACAAACAUAUAGCUCAACUCGUGCGCACAUCAUCUAGAUUCCGAGUGCUGCACUUUCUUUCAUGGAUAUUUGAGCAAUCCGAAAUCCUCAGAAGAUAUACUGUUAUACUUGUAUGUCAUUUGAAACAUGUCGAAGUUGGCUGAUUUACACGAAACUAUCCUCACACCGGUCAUUUGUCAUAAACAUGUACGUUAACACGAUGGCGUGACGUUGUUUUUCUCUAUGAAGUUUCCAUCGGUCGCUCCAAAGAAGACGAGAAAUGGAUGUUUUUCAUUUAUGUCAGCAGAUUUCCGCUUUCUGAAGUAAAAAACAACCAAAAAAAAAAGGGGGGGGGGAAACCUCGAACCUCUUCCAUGAAGAUUGAUCAAUUUUUUUUAAAGGUGACAACCAGAGGCGAGAUUUCUCUUCGGGAUAUUGCUCAUAAGAUAACAUUCUUUCAAAGCCUUGCAUGUUUCAUUUUUCUGAAACAUUCAUUAUUGAGAACUUUAGAUGUAAACAUCGUCAAAUUAUGCAAUAUCUUAUUUUUGAGCUUCGUUCGCGAAUUACCCCUAUAAAAAGUAGAGGCAGGCCCGCAGAGAUUUUUACAUAUUUUAAAACAAGAAUAUUAUAACCAGCCAGGUGGGUAGUUUCAGUUCCAGAAUCGGUGUACGUUUGGAGAAAUUCAGAUAAACGUUUUCCCUGUUUUAGCCGACAACAAAAAUGACCGAAACUGUUCCGAGAUGAAUAAUCUAUUGGUGAGUUCACAUUCCCAGGGAAAAUUGAAUGAACUAAUGUGAAGACAAAUGAUGUCACUAUGUAUGGUAGAAGUGCCAAUUUGUAAUGUUGUAUUUAGCUUGAGAUAGAGAAAUAAACAUUUGACUCUUUUUUUGCGACGUUUUUGCAUGAAAAUGAGGCCUUAGGCCACGAACAAGCAUCCGUUGUUACCAUGGCAACAAGAGUGCUGCGACCUUUAAAAAGGAAUUUUUGUGCAUCCCCCCUGAGCGCCUAACUGCAUGCAAAAUUUGAAGGGGGUGGAAAAUUUUCAUUUCCCAAGAUGUUUGAUUCUUACAGACUUGUUCGUAAGAAGCAAAUAUUGUCAAUGAUGACGUCAUUUGUACGUCUAUCCUCAAAUAGAUCAAAAGUAAGGACCAAUCAAAAUGCGUGCGUAAGUUAGCUUAAUAAUGCAUGCAGUCUUAACUUCAAUUGAAAGACCGUAGAGAUAUCGCUGUUACUUUAAUCUUUAUUAAGAUAAAAAUACAAAGCUUAUAUUAACAACCGCACUUGCUUUGGAAAGCACUGCUUUUUCUUCGAACGUCUUAAUGGUCAUGUAGACUUUGUCUUCUCCUUCUUGCAGAGGUUACUUGGGCAUUGAAGACAUGACUAUCGCCAAAAGCUGUCGACUCUUCCUGGCUCUAACAGGUUCUACAGAGCUGGCAAACAGUGAGGGAACUUACAGAUACAAUUCCCUGACGGUUGCUGAUGGGGGAGAGGUGACAUCAACAUCAGAUGUCGGAAACAACUCACUGACACUCGAAGUGGAUGAUAUCACAAUUCGAGGAGGUGGAGUGCUUCACAUGGUGCGCAUGCGUAUAUUUGUCGGAAACUUCACCGUGGAUGAUCUGGGUCACUUAAGGGGUGACACGUUCGAUAACAGGUUUGUUGAAUGGGGCACUUCCAUAGCUUCUGUGUCCUAACAUAAGGAGUUUUCGUAGUUCACCUGGAUUUUGAGGACGUCGAUAAUUUAUAAGCGGUUAUUUGUUGUUUAAACUCGAUCGUUUCCAUAAUAUCCCUCUACUGUUUCUCACUAUAACUUGUUCGGUGAGGUUUUCAUGCAGCUCGUGUCAGAAUGUAUUGUUGAACGACAUACGUGAGACCGAGAGAUUCGUCACAACGAGUUCUCAAUGUGUUAAAGAUCAGUUAGCUCAACGGCCCUUUUCAUUUGAGAUUUGGUUACAGAGGCAUUAAUUUCACUCAGUAGUGUUGAUGAUAAAUUUACGGUUUUAAUUACUCUACGGAAACUUCACUGAACGCUGUUUUCUUUCCGUUUUAGCUGCACUAGCGGUGCAGGUGUCACAAAUUCUAAUGGUGGGUCUUCAGGUGCAGGGCAUGGUGGAACUGGAGGCCUUGGAAGGUAUGGAACACGUGUUGGAGUGGCAUACGGUCACGUGUACGAACCUGAACAUUUUGGAUGUCGAGGCGGAGGCUCGGGGGGACUGGGCGGAGGGAUAAUUCGUAUGUCUGUGAGAGGGACUUUGCAAAUUGACGGAACAAUUAGCUGCAACGGUGAUAAUGGUCAGCAGUCUCGAUCUGGUGGAGGAAGUGGAGGAAGUAUAUGGAUUGACACCAGUCUGAUGAAGGGAUACGGUACAGUACGGGCUAAUGGAGGUAGUGGCCAUGUGGAAACAAGGUAAGAACCCUUCAGUGUUGCUUAACUGUGGGAUGAUUUUCUUUGAAGGGGACAUAAAACAUUGCCCUUUAAACCAUUGUUACUUCUUUUAAUCCAGUCACUUUGGUUCAUAGACCAACCUGCAGUCUAGAUUCCUUGGUUUCCUCAAAUUAUUUUGAACUGUGUUACCCAAGAUAACUGUUUUACGACAGUGUUGAUACAUCUUCUCAGAAAGGAAACAGACAAACAAACAAAUGAAUCAAUUCCAAUUAUCAUUUUGACCUCAAAUUCAUUUUAAAAGUGAAAAAUUAGCUUAAAACGCUUAGGGCGCAUUCUUAAAUAACUCACACAGGCUCUUUUAAUUUCUAUACGCUGUCAACCUCUAUGCUGAAGUUUUAAGGUGAAUUUCCAGGGUUAUUGACAACUGUUAAAAAUGCACUUUGUAUCAAUAUUCAGUAUAAUUAUUCUGUUUUUCAGCCUUUCACUUCACGGCGGUGGGGGAGCAGGCGGACGGAUAGCAGUAUACUUCAGAAGUAACAGAACUUACAGCGGGGUUUUUGAAUCCCUGGGAGGAGAUUCUACCGGAGACGCUCUCCCCGGAGGAGCUGGCACUGUGUUCCUAUAUCACCUUAUUCAUAAACAUCGCACUCUUUUGAUAAGUAAUGCCGGCAGAAAGGCGUUACCUGCCGAACAUUUGGUCAUUAAAGACUAUUCUGAGCCAGCCUUGAUAUCGGGAAAAACUUGGCUUUUACCAAGCUCUGGAGAACAUAAUUUUUCGCGCAAUCAAAAUUAUUACUUUGAGGAAUUGCAGAUUUAUGGUGCAGCUCACUUAGCUGUGUUAACCGAGCCUCAUAACCGAUCGGCGACGAUAUAUUUCCGAAAUAUGAUCGGUGAUCGCACUGGGACCAUCCACGUUGGCUAUAAUCAGACCAUGGAUUUGAUCCGACCGACUAUUGAUUUACCGUUUAAUGUUCGUGUAUACCGAGGCGGAUUUCUAGGUCUUGCUCCAGCGACAGAAGUUCACGGAGUCGAGAUUCACGUGGACGGUGUAAUUUCGUACGUAAAGAACCUAACUUUGCAUCAUGGUGGCCUGUUAGCGUUGAAUGAAAACUCACGUACUGGAAACGAGGCGACGGAAAAUGAUUUCAAGUUCGACUUUCUGCGUGUACAGUUUGAAGGAGUCAUUCAGAUGAUGUCGUCACCUGUGACACACAACGGGAUGAAUUUGACCGUACGAGUGCUUCACAUUGAGGGUGGUGGCAAAGUGGAAGGCAGUGAUCUACGAAUCCUAGCCGAGAACAUAAGCAUCAAUACAGAAGGUCAGCUAACUGUCAGUGGUAGCGGAUAUAAGCACGAGGAUGGAACCGGCGAGGGUGUUCAUGGUAAAAUUAACCGGGGACUUGGAUCUGGAAGCAGCUCGGGAGCCUCCGGUGGAGGACACGGGGGAACUGGAGGAAGGGGAAAGCACACGUCUAAAGUAGGAUUACCUUACGGAAACAUGUACGAACCAAUAGAAUUUGGAAGUAGCGGGGGAGGAGUAAACAAAAAGCAAGGUGAGCACAAUUUGGUUUCAACUAUGAGUACAAAGUCUACGUCAUCUUUAUGUCUAUGGUGAUCUGCAGUAUUAUGCUCACUUCCUGGCACUUAAUUUAAACAUCCCUUAAUAUCGAGUAAGGUAUAGUAAAGAGGGAUGUAGGAAUGGUCACCUGAAUUCUUCAAAAUGUGAGAAGCAUGAAAGAAUGAACUACUCUUGAAGGUCAGGUGACACCUCUGAGAACCCCGAGAAGGUAUCGCUGUACUAAGAAUAUCCCAUUUUCUAGUGCCAAUCCUAUUAAGAAUAUAGCAACAAUAAACUACAUUGAUGAGAAAACGCUCGCUAUUGCAAACAAAAUACAACCUUUAAAUGUGCUGGCUUUUUUAAUGGCGACGGGCCAUUAAUGUUUGAAAAUGGAACACCUGUAAUCCUCAUAUGAUGUUAGACGAAAGAAAUAAACUCAGCUCUCUUUUCUUUUUUCCAAGGUGUUGGAGGUGGAACAGUAUUUUUAAACGUCACUAAUCUCCUGGAAAUCGACGGGGUCCUUUCUGCCGAUGGUGGCGAUGCUCUCCCCCAGGGAGGAGGGGGCAGCGGUGGUAGCGUAUGGAUCUACUGUUAUAUCAUAAAAGGUUUCGGAAAGAUCACUGCUAAUGGAGGUUCAUCUCCCUCCGAUGGUUACGGAAAUCACGGGGGCGGUGGAGCAGGUGGACGAGUCGCAGUUUACUUCAUAAAGAAUGACACCUUCUCCUACUUCAGGUAAUAUGAACUAAAUAUUGAUCCACAUGGAAUCCAAGGGUGAUAAGAGAAGUUACUUUGCUAUCAACUAAACGUUCAAACAAGCUUUUAUUGAUAAACUGCAAGACUACCGAUUGGUAAUCAAUUAACUGUUUUAUCUUCCGUCGACUUAUCCUGUUUUUUCGUCGGAUGCGGAUACUUUUGCUUAGAAGUCUUAGAAGGCUACAAGGUUACUUUAAAAUCGCUAUAGCUUCAUUCAUUAACAGAAACACAGACCACUUGACCAUGCGCUAAAAAGAUUGCCAGCGAUUUGGUGUCUUAUCUGCAGAUCUAGGAUAGCCUUUCAGUUAUGGUUGCAGCUUUUUCGAUUUAAAACUACACGUUUUUGAAAGCAAUUUCUUCUUGAAAGAUUUGCUAAAUCCGAUAGGACGAGCACUCUUUCUGUGAGCUUAUUUUUGUUGAUCAAACAGUAGGCCACCUUAGAGUUCUCGCGAUUCAGUGAUCUGGUGCCGAAAUUACGGCGUGAGAACGAGGCUAAGUGCGAAGUCGCACAAAGAGUAAAUAGCUGUGGUAGUGAAAAUGAGCGAAAAUUUCUUGAAAUUCAUCGUGUGAGAGUGAAAAACUAAUUGUGGGAGAGAGGCGUUGAGUGAAUUGAUGGCAGUAGAGGGAGAAAAAAUCACAACUGUUCGAUUUGUGAAAGAAAGGAGCAGCAAUGAAGCUGAUCAAGGUAGCCGCUUCUUCAAGGACCCAAAAGCUGUUGGAGGAGAAAUAACAAACAAGUGAAGGCAAAUCUCUAAUACCUAACAUUUUGAAUGCUUGUAACUUAUGUGUUCUGCGUUCGUAUGCAGCCUUGCCAAGCCUGGCCUCAGUUUCUUUUAAGUCAUCAUUCAACCGUUGCUUUUUUCCCUUACUGAUUCGUAGCGAGGGCUUAUUGUAAUUUGCCAAACGAUCCGAACUCAACGAAUUGGAAAUCAGUUAUUUUCGAAAUGAGCUCAAAAUUUAUAAUUAGCAAAAUGGAAAGCUGUAAUUUGCGAAAUGAAAUCUGUUAUUUACGAAAGGAGAGUUUGUGCGGAAAACUCCACCGACCAGAACAAUGAAUCGGUCAGCCCGUCACUAGCGUGGGUUACAAACUCAACUCAGCAUAAAAUGUUAUUUGUUAUUAACAACUUAUCACCGAACUAAACUUUUUUGCCGAUUUAAUUUUAUCUUCGAAGAUAUUUGUUGUAAAAAAGAGCGACGGCAUAAUAUUACUGCCAUGUUUUCCUGCUGAGGAGGAUUGCGUGACGCUUCCAAUUCAAGUAAAGUGUCUUGUUACAUAUUCAAUUUAUUCAUCGUAAACGCUCAAGUGCAUAUUUCGUAAAGUACGCCACGAAGAUUUCACUUUCGCCUUUCCCCUAAAAGCUAGUAUUUGUUAGGUUACUUAUUUAAUCCAAACUGGAUGUGAACUGAUUGAUUGGUGGCCAUAAGUUUUAUGCACCUCUUGUUUUGCAAAUUAUAGAUUUCCAUUUCGCAAUCUAUAGAAUUACAGAUUUACAGAUUUUGACUUCAUUUCACAAAUGACUCAUUUCAAUUUCGUUUCCUUUCAUUUCGCAAACUAAAGUAAGCCCUCGUUACGAAUCAGCAAGAAAUAAAACAACAGUUCAACAGUGGUUCAACAACUGAGGCAAAGCUGCAUGUGGUCGCUGAGAGAGAACGAGAGCUCUGGAAUGAUAGAGGAGUUGUUCGUCCAAGCAUUCAAAAUUUUUUUGGUACCGAAGAUUAUCUCACACUUGUUUGUAAUUUCUCUUCCAACAAUUAUUUGUGGUCUUUUGCAAAAGAGGCCAACUUGCUCAGCUUCAUUGCUACAGCUUUCUCACUUAAAUCGAACAAUUCUGCCUUUUUCUUUGCUAUGCCUCCGUCACUUCACUGAAUGCUUCUUUCUCACAAAAUAAUUUUUCACUCUCCACCUUUGAAUUUCGAGAAAUUUUUGCUCAUUUUCGCCACCACAGCCCUUUACUCUUUGUUCAGAUGAAAAUGGCGUCGCACUUAGUCACGUUCUUGCGCCGUCAUUUUGGCAUCAGAUCACUGAACCACGAGAAGGCGGAAGUGGCGUAUUCUGGUAACAGUAAUGGAGAUAUGUAACCAAACAGCUCACAACUUUAGCUGGAAAAGCCGGUCGUAAAUUAUUUAAUAGGAAAUUAUGGUUCGAGGCUCACUGAUUUCAUAACUUUGAAGUCAUUAAGAAAGAUGGUAUUUUUUCUGUCUUUAUUCUAGCUACCAGGCACAUGGCGGACAGGCUAAGGAAGGCCAGGAUAAAGUGGAGAAUGGCGGACCAGGUACUGUCUUCUUGUACCAUUUGGUUCACACUCAUCGAACACUUCUUAUCGACAACAAUGGCGGUAAGCCAUUGAAUAAACAUAUUAAUUAUGGCCGUCUGGAUGAGGAAGGUGGCAAAGCGUGGAUUAUGCCAGAAUCGGGAUUCCAUCAUUUUGCUGCUGAAGAGGACAAAUUUCACUUUGAAGAGUUGCAGAUCUACAGCAAGGGCCAUUUGGCAAUAUGGCCACGCGCGGGAAAUGAUUCAAGAAAUGUUUCCAUGUUCUUUAAAUAUAUGAUCGGUGACAGGAGCGGCAUGAUACACAUCGGAGAUAAGCAAGUUAUGGACCUGAAGCGGCCAGAGAUCGAUCUUCCCUUUAGUGCUCAAGUCUACCUCGGUGGCUUCCUUGGUCUCGCUCCUUACACACAAGUUCAUGGCAUUGAGAUCAUUGUUCGUGGUAUUCUCGCAUACAUUAGGAAUAUGACCAUUCACCAUGGUGGUGAUCUGUGGUUGAACCAUGGAGGACGAACAGACCACGAAAUCAUAAACCACUACGACUUUGAUUUCAUAAGAGUCCAGGAUACAGGAACCAUUCACUGCGUCACCUCACCAGUCAACGACCCGGGCGUUCUCUUCACAACUCGUGCAGUCUUCAUUGAAGGAGGAGGCCUGAUGCGAGGUUCUCGCCUGACAUUUGUGACAGAAAAUAUUACUAUAGACGAUGGUGGGAGGUUAAUAGCAGAUGGCCUCGGCUACAAUACCUCACAUGGUUAUCAAGGAAACGAUAUAUCUGGUGCACCAAUUAAUCCUGGUCACGGUAUUGAUGAUAAUGAAGGAGCCUCUGGCGCUGGUCAUGGUGGCAGUGGCGGCCGAGGAAGCCUCACCUAUGGCACUCCCAAAACAGGUUUUGCCUAUGGGGACCUGUACGAGCCUUAUAUAUACGGUAGCGCUGGUGGUAAAGGUAGAGGUGGUACUCGAGGAGGUAACGGUGGUGGAAUGCUGUGGAUGAACGUAACUGGACUGAUUGAUGUUGAUGGGUUGGUCUCCGCAAAUGGUGAAGACGCUUUGUCCCUGACUGGAAGUGGAGGUGGUAGCGGUGGAAGCAUUUGGAUGUAUUGCAAGACGAUCAGAGGCUAUGGUAGGAUAGCUGCUAAUGGGGGUGCUGGUUCUAAAGACAGUUCAUACCCUGGAGGUGGCGGUGCGGGAGGAAGGGUUGCCAUUUACUUUCAAAUAAAUGAGACGUCAACUUAUUUUGUUUACGAGGCCCGAGGUGGAUCAGCUCUUGGAUGUGAGGUUGGUAAAGAACAUCUUUGUAAAGCAGAGGCUGGUGGUCCGGGCACCGUGUUUCUUUAUCAUAUGAUUCACACCCAUCGCACAUUACUCAUCCACAAUGGUGGACAAAAACCGCUGGUAUCAGCAAUAGCAGACUACAACGAUUUAUCCGAGGAUGGUUGUCGGGCUUGGAUCUUACCGCAGUCAGCCAAUCACGAUUUCGCUGGAAGGGGGCGUGAUUUCCACUUUGAAGAGCUUCAGGUGUAUGGAGGUGGUCAUCUGGCAGUGCUUACUGAACCGGUCGGCGAGAAGGCAUCGUUAUUCUUCCUUCAUAUGAUUGGAGAUCGCACUGGUACAUUACACGUAUCGAAAAAUCAAACCAUGGACUUACAUCGACCCGAAAUAGACACUCCAUUCAGUGCGCACGUUUAUGCUGGCGGUUAUCUUGGGCUUGCCCCAUACACCGAAGUUCAUGGCGUGACAUUAUUUAUUUCCGGCACCGUAGAUCACAUACAGAAUAUGACAAUACAUCAUGGCGGCGCAUUUUGGAUGUAUCACGGGGGAAACACAGCUAAUCAAACGAACAGUUCUUUUGAGUUUGAUGCAGUUCGAGUGCAGGAUAAUGGUGUUAUACAAGCUAUAACAUCUCCAAUCAUUCACCCAGGAAUCACAAUCAUAGCCAGGGCGUUUUUUGUUGAGGGAGGCGGGCUUUUCCAUGGGACAAGGAUGACUGUCUUAGGGGAAAAUAUCACUGUCGAUGAUGGAGGGCUGAUCUCCGCAGAUGGCGAGGGCUACAACAGGUACGAAUAUUUCGUGAAGGGAAACGAAAGUAGAAUACUAAUCGCUGAUGUGUGGUAUGCAGAAUUCUUACUGAAUUGUUUUACAUUACCACAACAACGCGGUUAUUAAUCGAGGUUGGUUUGCUCAGCUAAAUAGCAUUCAGUAAAUCUAUGUGGAAAAUGGGUUAUUAACUCACAAUUGUUCGUUCUGGCGUCAAAAGCAGUAGAUCACAAUUGAUUCUGUCAAGUGAAGAGAAUAGCUUGUUAUGUUGCAGUCGAUUUGCUUUUAAAUUUAGAAAAAUUAACGUAUUUUACAAAACCACCAUCAAGUAAAGGAUGACGGAAAAUUGUUGUGUACAUUUAUUUCCUAAAUGUAACGAGGAUAAUAUCGAGAUGUUUACAAAUAGGCAAACGAGUUUAAAUUAUGACUUUUUUCUACCUUUUGUUCUUAGGACGCAUCCCCAAGGAUCAGGCCUCCAUGGUGUCAUAAACCCAGGUAUUGGUUCCUCUCACAUCUAUGGUUCCUCAGGGGCAGGCUGUGGUGGAAGAGGAGGGAGAGGCGACCACAGUGCUGUUGUCGGAGCUGCUUAUGGGGACCUCUACGAACCUGUCCGAUUCGGAAGCUCAGGUGGAGGAGAUAAAUCGGGAAGAGGUGGUGGGGUUAUUUGGUUUAAUGUCACCAAUGUCAUUCAAAUAGAUGGAGAGGUUUCUGCAGAUGGACGUAAAGGCGACAACUCAGGUAGCGGAGGAGGAAGUGGAGGAAGUAUCUGGAUGCAUUGUUACCGGAUAAAAGGUGUUAAAAUUAAUUUUUACACUCCUGACAUUUCGACUAUUUUUGUUAAUUACCCUCUUGAAAUAACAUACUUUUCAUGGUUUCGUUGGAUUCUUAAUGCACUAUUAUGUAAACUGUAUUGAUUGUCAUGUUACUUUCAUAUAAAAGGAAGUCCUUUGAAAAGCCUUCUUCUUCGAAUAGGUGCUACCCCUUGUAUUGUAGAUUUGAAGAAGGCGACUGCGUUGCUUAUUCCAGGAAUUACCGUAAGACACCUUACGAAAACCUGUCAUAAAUGAAAAGUUAUUUUCUUAAGCAAAAACGAACUCAUCUCACUUCUGUCCUAAAGGUACUGGUGCUAUUAAGGUCAACGGUGGUGCCGGUGGUGGGAAUUCUGGAGGUGGGGCUGGUGGAAGGAUUGCUGUGUACUUCACUGAGAACACCACAUACACGGGCUCCUUUCAGUCACGAGGAGGUGCCAAAGGUGGAGGGUCCAAUACUGAGGCUGGCGGACCUGGAACGGCGUUCCUAUAUCAUCUAGUGCAUACUCAUAGAACACUGCUUGUAGACAACGGAGGUCAACAUCCGCUCACCAGAAGAAUAUCGGACUAUUCGGAUCUCUCGCGAGAUGGAGGUCGCGCUUGGAUCUUACCUGAGUCAGGUGGCCAUGAUUUUGCCAAUGGCUCUCACGACUUUCACUUUGAAGAACUGCAGAUUUAUGGUGGUGCUCAUUUGGCGAUAUUGACUGAACCGGUGAAUCGUGCAGCUUCAGUGUUCUUUCGCUACAUGAUCGGUGACCGAACAGGAAUGAUUCACAUCAGCCAAAACCAAGUUAUGAACCUACAUCGCCUGUUCUUGGAUAUUCCUUUCAGCGCAUAUGUUUAUGACGGAGGGUACCUUGGUCUUGCACCCAUCUCUGAAAUGAAUAAGAUUAUUGUGUACGUGGAAGGAACCCUUGAUCACAUUCGAAAUCUCACCAUUCUAAACGGCGGUGAGCUUCACUGUUACUUGACAGGCUCAACUGGAGAAAGAAUUCAGCGUCAUUACAACUUCAACGAGACCGUCAGAAUCAUGGCGAGAUCUCAAAUCCAAAGCCACAGCCCCAACGCCCAUAAAGAAACAUUCAGCCUCACAGCCAGGAUCCUAUCGGUGGAAGGCGGGGCAGCAAUAAGCACUUUCAACAUGAACAUAACAGCUGUCAAUCUUACCGUGGACGAUGGGGGCUCUAUUGAUGCAAGCGAUGGUGGUUACACAGCAACUAAGGGACCAGGAAGUUUGUUGACAAACAACUGGAGACGAAGUGGCGCAGGACAUGGUGGAACAGGUGGAAGGGGAAGUUGCGGGGGCUAUCACACAUGCCGGCUCAAGAAGGGACUACCAUACGGAAACUUGUAUUAUCCGAGGGAUUUUGGAAGUGGUGGUGAUGGUAAUGGAGGCAAAGGUGGCGGCAUUUUAAGUAUUUCUGUGGCGCAUACCCUACAGGUAUUUAACUCAAUACUUAUGUGUUUUAUUACAUGCUAUGAUACUUAAAAACCCAUUUUGUAUUGAAUUUAUAUUUGUUGUUGAUGAAUGCAAAUGGUGCGGAUUGAAUCCACCGAGUAUGACUGCUCUGCUUUCACAUUUCUCUUCCCCUUUUUCAGCUACAUUUCCUUAGCUACACAUUACUAUUCCUUUGUUCUGUUUGACUAUGAUACAGCUUGGAUUCUUCCUGAUAUCUUUGCCUUAUAAAGGCUUUUCUUGGGAGGCAAUGAGCACGAUCUGUGUUUUUUUCGUCAGAACUGUAUAACAAAUGCCACAGUAAGAGGAUACCAAAGUUGUGAAUAAUCUGUCACGACAUACAGAGGUUUACAUGAACAUGCUUUUGGUGUUUUUCAGACGGUAAAAUUCUUGACUUGGUUCUGGUUCAAGUUUUGGACAAAUUUUCUUUUCUUUCCUUCUUCCUGAUAGGUGGAUGGUAACAUUUUUUCAAAUAGCCGAGCUGUCAAUAAUGAUAACGGUGGCGGGAGCGGUGGAAGUAUCUUAAUUCACACCCAGGUUCUCUCAGGUGGCCAUACUGGUGUUAUACAAUCUAAAGGUGGAAGUGGUACCGCAGGCUCGGGUGGUGGCUCGGGAGGUCGCAUAGCAGUUUAUUACAGCAACAAUGACACACACCAUCCGUACAGGGGGAAAUUCGACACCAGUGGUGGCAGCGUUACAUCUGGCGCGGAGGCUGGUGCUUCUGGAACAGUUUACCUUAAACACACCGGAAGUGGAUUUUCGACACUUCGAGUGGAUAACAAUGGACAACAAGCUUUGGAUGACGAGAUUCCGAAUGCAGGUGUCCUGUUAGAUCUGUCUGGAGGCAGAGCAGACCAAGGCACAACCUACAAUGCGCCAAAUGGAAUGACAGUUACAUCCAGCUGUGCUAUUAGGUCACCUUUAUGUCAUAACCCAUGCUACAGCUGCCGCGACUACUCAAUAGCAAACCUUUUCGAUCAGACAUUUUCGACAAGCAGCUGUGCCGGUUAUUUCUUGUCUGGCUGCCAUUACACGAAGCUGACGGUCGAUUUAAAGAGUUUACUGUUUAUCAACCACAUAAGAUUCUACCCAUUCUGUAGCGGAUCUCGACCUAACUUCCGCGUAAGUAGAGUUAACGGUCUCUCUUAUCUUUUCUAACUCCAUGCGCUCAACCGAAAGGAACCUGUAUACUAGUUUCACUGAAGUUCUAUACCUCAAAAUAGUUUUUCUUCACUGCCAAGGACAAGCUCUAUUGCACUAUAGCUCCAACAUUUUUCUUAAAACACUUAAACUGAAUUUUUAACUCUGACCAAGUUUUAGAUCUCCGAGAAGUAUCAUAUUAAUUAUUGCAUAAAAAAAUAACAUAAUACCAUUCCUUUAUUUUUCACUUGCGUUCUCAUAUUAGACAUUUCUUUGCUUUUAUUUCUCGAAUUCCCAAGGUCACAACGAACGAUGGCAUCCGUAAUGUGCCAGUUACGAGUAACUACGUUCAAAUAUCUAACGGCUGCAUUCAGGGAUCUUAUGUUGAUAUGCCGGUGAGAAGGAACGCAACUCAGAUAUAUGUGGAACUUAACCAUCCCACAAGUAACACGUAUUCUGGCCUCUCUGAAUUGGAAGUAUUUAUUGAUGGAAAAGAAGUUUGGGACAGGUUAGUAGUAACUUAGCAGAAACAUUUAUUAUUUGGCCGUUGAUUUUUCUGUUGGUGGAGAAAAAAAAAAGCGCAGAAGUUAAGCUUAAGUGUGAAACCAUCGGGAAGCGAUAUAUCGUUUCUUGGGUGGACGGAGGAGUGGGGAGUGGAAGAGAACUCACCUUAGUCAUAGUGAACUAAUGACACAGGUUUACUUGUUUUUUAUCACCCCCUUAUGAAUGCCAUCGGGCUUGUCGAAAUGAACGUACUACACAUAACGCAGUUAAAGCCAUAACUUUCCAGGUACGUUCGUAAGAUUCAAACUUACCCUUUGCUCUAAAAAGUAACAAUUCUGGUCAAAAAUGGGCAAUAAGACUGUUAAAUAGACAUGGUUUAGUGGAUCUCGUGCUCACUCUUCUUCCUACAACCAGGUACAAGUACAGGAGUUUCGAUGGCGCCAAAACGUGGAUUGAACCAGCAACUGGCACUGAUGUCUACAGCUUCAGUGAGGUUCAUAUCCGGGGAUCUGCUCAGCUUGCUGUGAUGCCGCUGAAUGGCUUGCAGGCUCCGGUACAUUUUCAUGCUGACAGGUUGUACGGAGACAAGAGUGGCUUCCUUCAUGUAGGAUACAAUCAAAAUUUCUCUGUGGCAGUUACCGAUCCCGACAUUCCAUUUGGUCUGCGUGUUUAUGAAAACGGGAGUAUGAUGCUACCGAGAAGAGCCUUUUUGCAAACAGUUAGUUUCAAGUCAUCAGGAAAGGUGUGGAUUUUUCUUCCUUAUAAUUUGUUUUCCUCUUUGAAGUACCUAUGAAAGGGCAUUGAGCUCUUAUUUUCCCUAGCAAUGAUAUCUCUCAGCCACAGUUACAUUGGCUCUUUCUUUAACUCCGUUGCAAUUCGUUGUAAUGCUAGCAUUAUCAAAAUCCCUCUUGCGAACAAAAUUAGGUUUGAAUCCACAAUAGUUUAUGUUUUAAUGCCUCAGAUCUGUAGUGUAUGAAAUUUCUUCACAAGGCUACAAAUAUUCCACCGAGAGGUAGACCCUGUUUGCCAUUACUUCUCUCAUUUUUUUUUUGUUGUUUUUUUUUUGUUGUAGAUAUGGGGCGUCCAGGACUUGUUUGUGUUCGAUCACGGAACCUUUUACGGUGAUUCAAAUUCCAGUCUUGGAAAAGACACAGUUCCUGGACAGUAUUUGGUCAAGUCCCUCCACGUGCAGGAUAGAGGGGUGUUUGAGCUGCAUUCAACUGACAAGAAAUUGACCAGUAGACUGUCGCUCACUAACUUAACGGUGAGUGCAUGGAGCAUGUGUAAGCAAAGCAUGAGCUCAAGCGAAACUUUGGGCACUUCGUGAUGCUAUUGAAAGUGUUUCAGAGACAUAUUUUGUAAAAAGUGUUAAAGAAACAAAUAACGAUAUCAAACAUUUUCAAAAGCUUGAGAAAAAAAAAAAAAUAUAUAUAUAUAUAUAUAUCUCGGUCUUCCUGGUGUGAGAAUUUAAACCAGAGACAGUUAUAAUUUCACAGUCUACCACCCGAGAGACAGGGACGUUGUUUUCUAUGUCAUAUUCUAGGCUAAUACGUCACAAGUGUGUGACAAGCGCUCUAAGAUCAUGCAGCUGCGCUUUAGAGGAAUUUUAAUAUUCUUCUUCUUCAUCUUAUUAUUAUUAUUAUUAUUGUUAUCGUCUUUAUCAUUGCAUUUAUAAGCAUUAAGCGUCCGGUUAUCCCUCUGAUCAGAGACGUCGAAAAUCUUAGUAAAAUUCGAGCGGGGUCCCUUGAUGUUCCUCAGUCGUAGUUUAUCUAUCUCUGUAUGGAGCACCGAAAUAGUUAUUAAUUCUUCACUGAAUCACCGCUUCAAACUUCUUCAAAAAGAGGGGGGACAAAAAACCUCCAUGUGAAAUGUUUUAUGAGUGGAGUGUGCUCAGAUGAAAGACUGCGUGUCGAGAAAUCAGUUCGACGCCAAAAAAGUCUCAGUAUCACUAUCAGUGGUCUUUAACAACCACAUUGUGUCAAAAUUAGCAAGUAGAUAAUUUUUUUUAAUCAUAUGAUAUGCUUUGCCAGAUUUUCGGCGGUGGUCACUUCAAAUCAAACAACAAAUUGCACAUCGCAGUGAAACAUCUGCUACGGAUAAACUCCGGAGGAAGACUGAGUCACAAUCAUGCUGGGUACGUCACCAAAGAGGGCAGGUCUGGAGACGAGUUCGAACCGUCUGAAGGCCCUGGCCAAGGGAUUGGUAGUGUUCAUGGUGCAAGUGGUGCUGGCUUCGCCGGAACUGGUGGAAGAGGGACUGGGACGGGUCUUGUAGGGCAGUUCUAUGGAGAUUACAGAAGGCCAGAUGAUUACGGGAGUGCUGGUGGCUUUGGGUUACAUUACGGUAAGAUGAUUGAGAAAAGAUAAGUCUAAAUAACCUGAACUAAAAUACCACAACAACUGAUACAAGCAGCAUGCAUGAUAAGUGACAAAUCAUGGCGAGAAGAACCAUGUGGUAGAAUGAUUUUUACUUGUUUCUUUCUCAGGUAACUUGUACUAUGGAGAUUAUCGCACAAGCUCUGUGGGCCCAUACAGAAAUUUCAUCACCCGUAGUGGUCUGGGAGGACAAGGGGGUGGAGCGAUAGAGAUUGUAACGCGUCACUUGAUUCUUGAUGGACACUUGUCAGCUGAUGGAGAAGACGGUCCCCCACCCAGCACAGCAGGAGGAGGCAGCGGAGGUAGUAUUUGGAUUGACUGCGAAGAGCUGGAUGGCUACGGAACAAUCAGUGCUAAUGGAGGGGCAGGCUCACCAAGCAAAGGAGGAGCGGGAUCUGGUGGACGAAUAGCGAUUUACCAGGCGUUCAUGUUGAAUUUUAACGGCACUCUCUCUGCCAAAGGUGGAAAUAGCGCAGUGGAACCGGGUGCUUCAGGCACUGUCUUUCUUGAGACUCGAAACAACAGCAAAGUUGAGUACAGAGUUUUGAAGAUAAGCAACUUCGGCUUGGCUUACCCCUGGGCUGUUGAUAAAUCACAGGGGAGGUUAAGAAACCUUAUGAGGGGAAUUUACACUGAUACAAAAUAUGUUGGAGCUGUCACUUGGUUACACGAAGCAGAUAAAUACACCCUCGACGAAUUUCAUCUUCAUGGAAACUCGCACGUGGCUCUGUAUGGAAACGGGUCCCGCGGGAAUGUCACGCUGUACGCGCACACGCUUCGCGGAGAUCGCAGUGGCGUUUUUCACGUUGGUCGUUUUCAAUCCGUAGUGUUUGACUUUGUCGAUUUGUAUUUCCCAAUUAAUACGCUUGUAUACUUUAACGCUACACUGGAGGUGCCUCGAAGGUUGUCGCUCCGUGAGGUUUACAUGGAGAUCAACGGGACGCUAGCCGACUCAGAUGAUUACACCAUUGAUAGAGACGGCAAGCUGUUUUUAUGGUCGGGAGGACAAACACUGGGCGAAAAACAGGGACACUUUCGGUUUAUAAACAUGUCAAUCAAGUCACUCGGUUUGCUGCACACCACAAAAAUUCAGGGUCAUGGUCCAGUAAGUCUGCACACCACACGAUUUGUAGUAAAUGCCGGUGGGCUGGCUAGUGUUGAUGACUUCUUUCUGUACUCUGUGAAUGCCACUAUCGAUGUUGCUGGUGAGAAAUACGUUCCUUGUUUACUAAGCCGUUCCUUUUCUAUUUUCGUGAGAAAACACGUAAUAGGAAAAAUUGAUCCUGUACGCCACUCGAUCUACAUAACGUUCUUGGAAAUAUUUGUUCCAUCAAUGCCAUCUGUAGAGGCUGAAACUAGUAUUUCUAACGCUCUACAGACCCAGAAUUGUCAAAAAUACUAAUCAGAUAGCUCUGACGCUUGAUUAUUGAGGCCAACAUUUUCCUGCACGAUUAAUUGUCUGCGUCAAUUUUAUUUAUUUCGAAGUUAAGAAAGCUAACUUAGCAACAUGAGCGAAUCAAUGUCUUCAUGUUAAAAGCAGAUAAGUAGAAAGGCAACGGAAACGGCAGCUUAUCUUUCGCGACAUAACUACAUGUUAGGAAAGGCUUGUCACCUACGAUUUGUUUUGCUGUUCCUUGACAUAAAUCUGAUCAUGAAAGUUUGAUUUUUAUUUUCCCGCUUGUGGUCUUCUUGACUAAGUCGCUCUCGAACUGUGUACGAAAGGUCAACUAAAAAAUGUGGGGGGUGUCAUAGUAGCGGUUAGAACAAAAGGAAGACUCCAUACCCGUGGCCAUGCUAAGAUGGUUUGUUUUUCUGUGUGCAGGUGACGUGUCAGCAGACUUCAGGGGAUAUGGUGCAGAACAGGGGCCAGGAACUGCUGUUCAGAGGACUCCUUAUUACACUGGAGCUGGAGGAGGGAGUCACGGUGGCCGUGGUGGACGGGGGACAGCUGGACUCCACACGCCUUCUUCCUACGGCUCUAUAUACGAACCUACUCAGUUCGGCAGUGGUGGUGGUAAUGGUCUUAACGGUAUGGGUGGUGGGCAAGGUGGCGGUCGUAUUGUCUUUGAAAUAUCAGAUAUGCUUCGACUGGAGGGACACGUUCAUGCAGACGGAGAGCCGGGAAGUAGGAGCUCCGAUCCAAGUGGUGGAGGCGCUGGAGGGAGCAUUGUUAUCCGUUCAUUCAAGUUUGACGGCGAGGGUACUGUAUCGGUGAACGGAGGAUCAUGUCCGUCCACGUAUGCGCCCUAUGGGGGCGGUGGAGCUGGUGGCCGCAUUGCUGUCUAUUACAAUGGAAGUUACACUUUCAUUGGAUCAUUCCAGAGUUAUGGCGGAAUCAGUCAGGCAGAAUGGGGUGGAGCAGGAACAGUUUAUAUAAAAAACAACCAAAACGUGAGUCAGCCCUACAGCAUUCUUAGAAUUGACAACAGAGCUACUCGCAGUGGACCAUCAAGGCUUAACGAGAUUCAAGAACUUCACCUGGCGGGAAACAGUGCUGAUUAUCCCUAUUACUUGACAUCGUAUACGGCCCCCAAUGGAGUUACUUUAACCACAACUGGAAUUCCCUACUGUGGAAGAACUUCUCAUCACGAUUCCAAAAUAUGUGAUACCGACGAUUCCAAGAUAUCGAAUUUGUUUAAGUCGACGUCCAAUAGUUACUACACUCAGAAUUCAAACGCCGUUGUGACUUACCGUUUUCCUUUACCUUUGUUCUUGGAGUACUUAUUGAUCUAUCCUCACUGCAAUUCGCAUCACUGGACGCAGUUUUAUGUAGGCGUUUAUUUCAAUGACAGUGAAGUUGUUGGAUCCAAUGGAUGGAUUAACCCAACAAACUGCCUCCAAGGACAACCGCUCAGAAUGAACGUGAGACAGACAGUUGAAAAGGUAAAACUACGUCUGUAAUGUAUCACUUUAGGUUAUAAGAGCAAGUACUAAAUUUGGUGCCUCGUAAUGUUAGUAGGGUGUGUAAGAUAUCUUACGGCGACUUGUGGGAAAAUAUUUCUGAAAAAAGAAAGUUCCUUUCCCCUAAGAAUUUCGCCAGUCGCAGGAUGCGUUAACCACUUCCUACGGCGCGGCCCUUCCCUUCGUCAUUGCAUGUGAAUGCAGUGUUGAGUUCAAAGUAAAACCGAGUAAAACCGACCAAAAUGCUGUUCAGGUUUCCUUGCUAAGAGUACGUAAAAGAUGGUGAUUCCACGUUUUUGUUCUGUAUAGGCUGGUUAUGAAGUAUACAAAGUUCUAAAACGAGAGUGCUGCGCUAUUGUGUUGUUCUUUAGAUCUUUCGUUUCGCUUGCUGUCGCCGUCGUAGUUUUUUAAAAGUUCCUAGUUGUAUUUCGAAGUGGACUGUAACCAAUGGCUGAUGCUCGAAAGUCAGUUUUUUUUAAACAUUUGACACGACCAUAUAUUUCUCUCUUGUCAUUAACAGGUAGAAAUAAGUCUCCAAAGAAUCAGCUCGUACUCGUCCCUCAGUCUCGUAAGAUUUUUCGUUCGUGAAAACCCUUCAACCACCCUACAGACGCCACAUUACACAAGUCCCAGUACUUCUUGGAUCGUGACCGAAGAAGAAAAAACUACACAACAUGAUUUCAGUGAGGUAUGAUGUGCUGUUGGUGAUUCAAUUGCUAUUUUUACCUUGAAGCAAGAAACUAAAAAAUCGACGACAUGUUCAUUGAUCGUUCCGCCUUAAACGUCUUUUAAAAAUCUAAAAAACAAAGUAGAUCGCGACAGGCCUGGAAAGAUAAUUUUAACCUACCCACGUCCCCAACAAGUGUUGUUUCUAUGUUUCACGAGUGCUCAAAAAUAACAUUUUGGAUCACCCAUCGCUUAAAUUAUGUCUACCGCUAUGGUGGCCAUAACAUUCACUAAUAUUGCUUUUCAUUAUAUACCAUGAAGGAGAAUAGCACUUUUCGCGCGCUGAUUGGCUAGUUCGGAAGUGAUUGGCAAGUAUUAUUCACCUCCGAGCAGCCGGAAAGACAAAGUUGUGCGUCAAGGUUUUAAUUUCCGGCAAUUUUUCGGUAUAUUGAACUAAGUAAAAUAGGUUGUUUUGUAUUUGUGAUAUAUACAGUAAUUAACAAUUAUUUACCUCAGUGUCGGUGUUAGUCUUCCACUAUUCACUUCCACUUCGGUAAAUAAUUGUUAAUUAUUCUUGUUUUUGAAGCUACAAAUCAUGGGCCAGGGAAGUCUGUCCAUGUCCGGGAAUUCCGUCAAGAUGAGUGUAAACAAGGUUGUUGGUGACAACUCUGGUAUCUUGACAAUGCGCCCGACACAGAACAUUCUCAUGAGAGGCUCAGAGGGACACCUUCCAUUCUCGCUCCUCUCUCAGAAGGGCUCCAGUGUAGCCUUUCCCACCAGCAUGAACUGUCGUGAGGUCGAGGUGACCAUUCGUGGGGUGAUGGGAGAGAUGAAAAAUCUUACCGUUGGACCACAGUGUCGGUUUGUUCUUGAUAACUCUUCAGAAACGGAAUUCAUGUUAGAUCAUAUGGUCGUACAGACUGACGGUUACAUGGCAGUUCUAAGAGAAGAUAGGGAGGACGUAAAAAUGGUUGGAAAGACUUUUGAUAUAAGAGGAGGAGCCAAGGUCAGUAAUCAUUUACAACAGAGGCAAAGUUCUAAUAGUAGAUGUAAAUCAUUUUGUCAUUCGCUUUGGAGGCACUGAGUCUUUGUAUCCUAGAUUUUUUUAAGGAAAAGAAGUUCCUGCACUAUUGUUUUUCGACGCUUUGUGCAUCUUGUCUUUAGAAAUAAUAGGCCUUGUACCUUCGUGGAAUUUAUAUCGAUUGAUAAACUUAAGGAUGUUGAUAAAUGUUUAACUCUCGAUCAUGGACUGAAAGGUUGCUGAAUAGACUUCUUUAGCUUGUAUGUUUUUUUACAAAUUUCAAGUCGUGAUAAUACUCUAAAGAUUUGUUUCGUUCAAAUUUCCUCCUAUUCACGUGCACAUGUACGCAUAAUAUAGAAAAGAUAAAGCUGUGAAGUCCCUUGAGACCUGAAAUGGGUAAACUAAACAUACAAGCUAUUGAGUGGUUCAGCUUAGAGAUGUUAUGAGCAUUUGCAAUUGAGAGAACGCGCGUCUCCUUUCUAUAACAGAUGGAGGCGAACAGUCUUACAUUGGACUACAUCAACAUCACAAUAGAGCCUUUCGCUGAUCUCUCAAGUGAUGGGCUCGUCGAUGAAGUUCCCGGAUCACGUUACCAUGGAGAUGGAUGGGGUGGUGAUUCUGGCGGCGGAUCCUCGGGCGCAGGGCAUGGCGGUCAUGGUGGGGUUGGUGGAAGGCAGCAAAAAGUUGGUAUCUCCUACGGGAAGUAUAGAAGGCCCACAACAUUUGGAAGUACAGGCGGAGCUCAAGUAUUUCCCUUUACUGGCGGAUUAGGAGGAGGUCGUUUUAAAAUUAUUGCCCACGAUACACUUGUGGUGGACGGAGUACUGUCCUCCAAAGGGGGAAAUGCCCGAGCUUCUCGUAGCGGUGGCGGAAGUGGUGGCAGCAUUUUAGCAUAUACCUCAAGAAUCCAUGGCGACGGAGAAUUUGACGUUUCAGGAGGCAACGGAGACAGUUCAACCGGGUAUCAUGGAGGCGGAGGUGGAGCUGGUAGGAUUUGCUUGUAUUAUCGAGAGAACCACUUCCUUGGUCGUUUUCUUGGUUUUGGAGGCACCAGUUCAAUCGAACCCGGUGGUCCAGGGACAGUGUUUCUAGAGAACGUCCCUGGGAUGAACGCUACCUAUGGGCAUGACCGUAUAGACGAAGCAGCGCACGCAGAAAGAGUGCUUCUGGAUGAAAAUGUUGUCAACGGAACACAAUGGGUUCGCAAUAGAACAUUGUACGCAAAUGCUAUGGGUCGAAAACCUCAAAGUCCAGACGCUAAUCUAAGUUCAAGCUAUCGUGAUUUCAGCGUUGGUGGCUCAAGCAGAGUAUGGCUCAUUUUGGACGAUGAGGAUCUGGAAGCGAACGGGACCGAUGUUGAGCUUGACGAGUUACAGCUUUACGGCGGAGCACAACUCGCCAUUAUCAACCCAGCAAACACCAAAGCGUACAUAUCCAUUGUGAUUGGUCAGAUGGAAGGAGACAGAACUGGUAGAAUUCAUCUCGGCUUUAAUCAGACUUUCCUCUCUCUCCAGUCGUACCUUCCCAUGGACAUGAUCAUUUAUCAAGGUGGACUCACCACUAUGCAGGGCGAGCUGCUUGUUGCUGGGGUAACAGUCGAAAUUGAUGGUGUUUUGAGAAGAUGUCAAAACAUCACUGUGGUGGAUGAUGGUGUGAUUCGCAUGAAGGAGAUGUAUGAUGUGGAGGGAAAACCAACUGAGGUAAAAGCACGAAGUUGCAUAUGAAUUGGAUUUUUUUCUUUUUCAUUAGAAACGAAUACUGAUUUACAUCCAAUUUUUUAUCCUCAAGUGCCAGAAAUAAACCAUAGAUAAGGGAAUGUCUUUUAGAAUGUCUGGUUUGACAUAAUGAUAAAAAGAUAUUCCUUUUUCCUGAUUCAUCUUUUUUUGUGAAAGAAACAAUUAAAGACAGGCCGCCAUAAAACCUUACUCACUUGAACUACAAGGGGAAAAAGUCUUUAUGUAUUUAGUGGAGCUUUUGCCGGGAUCGUAUUUCAGCGAUAUAUGUUCUUGACUAUUGCAAGUUUUUCUUGUAUUGUAUGUUUUUACUCUAAUGUCUUAAAGCUCAUUUUCCUACAUUUCAGACAUUUUAUUUCGAAGCAAUAAAUGUUCGAAAUAAGGGCACCAUGAUGGUAACCAAUCAGGAGCGAGUUCGUGAAUUUCGUGGGAAGUCCAUGCAAAUUUAUGGAGGGGGAACGUUUACAGCAGUUAAUCUUCAUGUACACGUCGUGAACUUUACCAUCGAUGCGCUAGCAACAGUCCACGCAACUUUGGAAGGGGAAAAAUUCGAUUACGAAGGUAUGGCUGCUUUAAAACGCCAUACUUUUGUAGAGUUAUGUAAAUUGAAUUAUCAGACAAGCUUUUUAAGUGCGAGACUUAUCUUACCUUGGAUUAGAACUAGAAAUGAGACGACUUUCGCUUGCGAACAGCUAUCAGAUUCGAGCAUUUACAAGACGUUCUAAGCAUGUAAAUUUCACAAGGAAAACUCUGUUACAUGUAUUUAUGUCUUACGACUCUAUUGUUUUCGCGAAUUAUAUUGUCUUUGUGCCCAAAAACUUGAAAUCUGAGACUACAGUUAUGCUUUAUUCUUGUAACUGACAUUUUAGGUAAGGGCCCUGGUGCCAAGUAUCCAACCCCAGGCUUUGCUGGAGGAUCAGGCGGUGGUCACGGGGGACUGGGAGGACGUUCUACGAGUCAAGUGACAACUGGGGCUGCAUAUGGUUCAGUAAAGGAGCCUACAGAAUUUGGUCGGUAGUUUGUUUUUCUGUUGAUUUUCAAUGCUUUUUUGUUGUUAGGAUAAAUGAAUUGGUUUAGAUCCUCCAAGAUUUGUACGUGUGAUUAAUUUUGAUGGAAAGUGCUCAUGACAGGUGCCUGGAAGUUUCUCCAUUUCGCCGUGCAACAAUCGAAAUAGGAAACUUCCAUAUGCGGCUAGAGAUUCGUGUAGAUAAUGAAUCACUCCACUAUUAUUAAGAAGGGUAUUUCUAUUUAUGUCAUUGGGCGUCCAAUGAGGACGAAUUACGAAAAAAAGACCAAUUAAUGUGUUCAGAAUUGUGCCUAUAAUGUAAAUCCUAAUGCUUCAAAGCUUAAAGCUAAUGCUUAUGGCGCAUGUAGUUGCAUAUUUUCUUUCUCCCAUGUGAGUGCUUGAUGCUGUACCUACGGUGUUUUAUUUAUCUCUUUAUUUAUUUAUUCAUUUUGAUUAAAUAAUCUAGCUUUCUGGACUGACCAUGGCGCUCUUGUCAUGAAAUAAAAAUGCUGGGAAACGCUCGGCAUGGUUACCUCUUAUUUUUCCAGUUUCACGUUAAAUAGAAUGAUUUUCAAAUCCACAGGUAGCAGUGGUGGCAAGGGAAGCAGUGGGGCUCAUGGAGGACGCGGUGGCGGUAUUUUAUUCCUGAACAUCAGCGACACCCUGGACAUCGAAGGAACCCUAAGUGUAGAUGGUGCCAACAAUGGUGGGUCCGAAGCUGGAGGAGGAAGUGCUGGAAGUAUUCUAAUCAGAACUGUUUUACUGGAGGGGAGUGGAACUGUUCAGGUAAUUUUACCUUGAAGGAAAAUCGCUUCUUGAACCAACCGUCGUUAAGCAAUUAAUAAAAUAACGUAAAAUAGUAGCAAACUUUUUGACAAGCGGACUACGAAUCGAAAAAAAUAAUGUUUGAUAUUUUGAGAUAUAAAAUUAAUUUUCUAAUACCUUUUCAUUAGAAACUUAGAAGGUAUCUUCUUAUAUCAAGAGCACGGUGAGGUACUUAAAAAUAUUAUGUCUUAGUAUUUACCACUCGGGUAAAAGAUACAAUUUUUUUGUAUUUGUGUGGUAUAUGCUUAAAUAAUAAUUCACCUCAGUGUCGGUGAAAGAGGUGGAUAUUGAAGCGGCGAGGUAAAUACCCACCACUAUUCACCUCCACUCCGGUGAAUAAUAAUUAAUUGUUAUAAACCUAGACUUUCACUCAACAAAACAAGCACUGUGGUUGGUUGAUUCUUGGUCACGUGCUCCUGAUCAAAUUCAAAUGUAUCCCGACCAGGAUACAAUUGCGCAGUUGUUGCCCGCGCGCCGAGUACAACAGCACGUUUAUUUGUUUUUGCCAUAUGAUUGUUCAAGGGAAAGUCUAAAUAUAUAAUGAAGCACUUAAUGUAUGGUCCCUUGUGAAUCUAGUUAGUUUUGUUUUCCCUCGAAUCCCCACGACCCAGGACUCUCGGGAAGACAAAACUAAUUGUUUCCUUGGGAUCGUAGAUUAAAUGUACAUUAUUUCGGAAGAUUCAUUGUCUUGAACAUAAACAUUGCUUUUUAAUCAAGGCAUUAUCCUUUGAUAACAUGCUUUUGUUACUACUGGUAACAGCAACUGUCACAUUAUUCUUCUUAUCAAGGCAAACGGUGGCAAUGGUUACACUGGUUCUUCCAGAGGCGGAGGCGGUGGUUCUGGUGGCAGAGUCGCCUUGUACUACCAGGGAGGGUUCUUUGAUGGUGUCCUUGAGGCCGCUGGCGGGAAGGGCGACUUAGAAAACGGUGCGGCAGGGACUGUGUACGUAGAAAAGGCGGUGAAUAAUUCAGACACGCCACAUCGAACUUUGAAAGUCGACAACAAGGGUCGACCACCACUUAAUGAACGAGUCAAUGAGGUAAAAAAAUGAGUCACUGACUUUAAAAUUGCUUUAGAAGGGGCAAUUGAUCAUUAAACGCGUUAUACACUCUAAAAAAAAACAAAAAAAUCAGGUAUCGCGAAGAAAAAAAAACAUAUUUUCUUUAUAUUUGUUAUUUGCUGGCGCUCUUGUUCUGUUAAUGAAAAAAGAUAACGAGCCAAUAAUACUCCACACACUUCAAAAAAUUUGAUUAAUUUUGUUUUCUACCCUAACUGCGCAAAACGAAUUAGAACCGCGUGUCUUUCAUUUGGGCUGCAGGCCAAUAUAGUGAUUUCAUUGACGAUUAAGCUUGUCCUUUACGAUUGUUCUUGUCUUUAAGGAGGGAAGGAUACGAUUUGGACAGACAACGUUGAGUAGCCAAUCACAUACACACAUGUACUCAGCCCUGGCUCUUCCAGCUCACUUCUACGUUGCAACACAGUUGUAAAUACCCUAACAUGUUACUCUGACGUUGAGAAAUAUAAAGUUAAUUUAUAAUGAGAAAAGCAUCAAAGUUGACCUUUUGUUGAAGGGAAGGUGACGGCUAGAUAUUGUUGUAGGUAGUUCUGCUUGCCUAAUCUAUAUUUAAGUCACUCCAUAUUUUGUUACAGAUCGAGGAAGUAAAAUUGUAUCCAGGAAGGUUGAAAGACGGCAGAGUCUACUCAGAUGAGUACACCAGCAUAAGUGGCCUGAGGUUCAAAUCCGAUGGGUCUACGAUGCCCCUCUCUUUAGGAUCCAGCAGUUAUUAUUCGCUGUCCCGAAUGUUCGACGGAGACCUCAAGAACGCUUACAUAGUGCAAUCGUCCUCCGUCCAUGUGGUCAUCGAGGCUACUUUGCCAAGGCUAAUGUUCAUACAUCACAUCAGGCUUUAUCCUGUAUGUAGUACAGAUUUUUCUGUCUAGUACAAUCCUUACCUUAUCAAGCUUUUACCUUCACAAGGAGAACGGUGGCAUUAUCCCUCAGGAAGAAGGGUGGAGCCCUUACAACUAAUUUUUGUAGCGGAGAAUUCUGUUACCGUUUUCGCAAUUGUUAUAACACUUCCCGUUGCCCCUUUUAUUGUUAGUAACGGAGAAAUUGACCUUAUGAAAAAUUUUAUCAUUGGUUUGGAGGCAAGGCGUGUCAGUAUAACAAGACGAGGGUUUUACCAUUAAAUCUAACUCUGACGUCCUUGUUAUGCCUUUAAGAAGCUUCUUCAAAAGUUUUUGAGUCAUUUUUAGUGUCAAUGAUAACCGCUUCUAUUUGUGUUAAACCUUGAAAUAAAUAUUUGUAUGGGUAGCAAAUUUCCACGAGGCACUAAGAGGAGACAAAUAAUUAAGAAAUGAAAAUUUGGUUUGUAGGAAAAAAAUUUGUUCGGGCGUUCACCUGACAAGAACCUAUUAAGGGAUUGUAAAUAAGGUGUUCACUAGAUUUGUAGCAAGUUGUUUUGAAAGUACACAAGAAGCAAGCAUUAGAGGCUAAAAGUGAAAAUCUGUUACAUGCACUAUAACGCUUUCUUCUUUCAUGUUUUUUAGUAUUGUCAUCAACACUACCGCGUGAGUUUCACCUUAACGACGGACCAUCCAGUUAUCGGUUGGAAAGACAGAACGAAAGGUUCGCGUUCAUUCGCAAAUUGUUUUGAUACUUUGGUUUACAAUGAUGUAACCAUAGAAGAUACUAUUUCGAAGUUCACGGUAACAUUGACAAGACUUGAAUCAAACGUUGCGUUGAGCGAGCUUAAAGUGUUUGUCGGGCGUGAUACGUCGUCCUUCAAAGCCAUUACUCUUGAACAAGACAGCUCAAGAACAUGGUUAGUAUUCAACGAUCAGGGAACCAUGACAUUUGAAGUUGACGAGUUGGAUGUGCGUGGAAGUGCACACCUAGGUAUUCAAAACGGAGCUGGAAAACUGGAUUUCAAGGUGAAAGAGUAUAAGGGGGAUUUUACAGGAACUGUUCAUGUAGGUGGAGCACAGAAUUGGUACCUGAACGCCAGCAACAAUUCCGUGAUUCCUUUUACCCUCAGAACUUACCAGGUGAGACUAUUUUCACAAUCUACUGACUAACAGGGAAACUACCUUAUUAUGAGAGGGUUAUUCUCGUGUUUAUCAGGGUAUUUAAAAUCAACAUGUAAGAGAGGUUAAAUUUCAAACCUGACUCUUCCUUCCCUUUAUACCCUUCCGCAUAGAGAAACAGCAUUUCUUGAUUCCUUAGUCAUGGUAAAAUUACAGCAUUGCAAAUGCCAGAGAAGGAUCAGGGAAUUUUCGUAAGAAGUAGUUUUUAAAAGUCUUACUACUUCGACCGUUAUUAUUGUCUAUGGUAUUGACUCUUUGAAAAUACGGUCGGCUAAAGAAAACGUCAUUGUUUCGUAGUAAUAAAAUUAUUUUUUUGUGCUAAGAGAAUUAAUAGCCUAAUUAAUGAAAUUGAAGGAUAGGAAUUUAAAAGCUCUCGGAAAAUAAUGUGGAAAUUAAGGCUAAGUAACUCAACGUGAAUUGGGAGAAAGCUCGUUUAUUUCAAUGAAAAAGUCUGAUAAGUCUGCAUAAAAAAGCAUUUAUUUUAUUGUGUUUGGUUAUUAGGUAUUGUAAAAGAAAAACACAUGUUACCACAGUAGGAUAGGUAUCGUUUUUAUGUAUGCUUACUUUUACUCCUCAUGAGAUGCUUUUUACGUUCUCAAAAAUAUGUUUUUGUCUUCAUAGGGCUCACAAGUUUUCCUCCCACGGGAAGUCUAUCUCCAAACAUCUUCAAUUUACGCAGAUUCUAAGCUGGAGGGGCUUAAAAACCUCUUCAUUUCACAGGGAAGUCGCUUUGACGUUUCGCAAGGAGCGCAUGUAAAUUCCCCCUCGAAAGCCACCAUUUUGUUGGAUCGCAUCACCAUUCUAAAUGGGGGAACGUUCUACCAGCGGACCGCUGUGCCCGCAAAAUUAGCCCUGAAUCUGACAGGGGAGCUGAUCAUCAACGCUGGCGCGUCAAUGGAAGUCAGCCAAGUUCAUCUCCAGGCCCAUAAUAUCUUCAUCGACAUUGACGGUGUUCUGUCCGCGAGUGGGCGGGGCUAUUCCUCUAUGAAGGGUGAUGAACCAGGUCGGAAGUCUGACGUCUCAGCCUCCGGAGCUGGUCAUGGAGGGGCUGGUGGAAGUAGCACGAGUCAAGAGUACGUUGGAAGGGCUUACGGAUCCUUUCAGAUCCCUCUUGACUUUGGAAGUGGUGGGGGACAGGGGUAUCAGGACUUGGUGAGUUACACUGAUAAAUUGGUCUGCGGUUUAGAGCAGCUUAAGUGGUAUAUCUCAUUACAUGUCUAACUUCAGAUCUUUGUUCAUGUUUAUUUCCAAAUACAUAUCUAAAAAAUUAGGUCGAGAAGUAUGUUCUUUUCUGAGAAAGAGUAUUUAUUGAAAGGCUGUUCAAUUACAGAAUAUUCACUGGUUUAAAAACAAUACUAAGGGUUAUGUUUUCUAUCGUUCUUAGCCGGGUAGCUCCGGCGGCGGGGCCGUCAAGCUGAGUGCUUCUCAUAUCGUACAAGUUGACGGGCUUCUUGAUGUAUCAGCUGGUGCAGCUGUCAAUCCAGGCACCGGUGGCGGAAGUGGUGGUAGCGUCCUCAUCCAAGCAACGCUAUUUCUGGGGAAAGGCAAAAUAUUUGCCGAUGGGGGCGAGGUUGCUCAUUCGUCGCUUGGAGAUGCUGGGGGAGGAGCUGGUGGUCGCAUUUCUGCUCAUUACAAAAGCACAAGAUUUGCAGGCUCUUUCUCAGCCCAUGGUGGGGCCAGCAGAAGCGAAGCUGGAGGGCCAGGAACGGUCUUUCUCUCUGAAAACUCCACUCACACAACCAUGAUUAUCGACAAUAAUGGUUACCGUGCUUCUAAAUUGUAUAUCUCAGACUACAGAGAUCGCUCCAACGACGGAGGACGUGCCUGGCUCCUUGCUGGCUACAUGGACGAGUUUACCUUAAACCUGUUACAGUUACGAGGUGGCACUCACUUUGCCGUUUAUCAUCUUAAGCCUUCAUUUACUCUCAACGUGGAACGACUGGAAGGUGACCUUGGGGGUUUAAUUCACGUGUCAAAGAAAAACAGAGUGUAUAUCAAGAACGCUCCAAGACUGUUCCCUUCAAGUUUCCACAUUUAUAAUGAGGGAUUUCUUCAUCUUCCCCGAGAUGUCUUACUCAAGGACUUGUUUUAUCCGAGAAUUUCCCUUGAAGGGUUGAUCAGUGGAAUGGAUAACUUGACACUUGGUGGAGGAGCGGAAUUUGUGGUCACAGCAGAGGUAUUGAUUUUGAAGAUUGUGAACUGAAUGUAAUUAAGAGUGUUAUGAAAUAUGCUGAGCUUUCAAAUGUGUUAUUUAAAGGGUAAUGGCUACUCGUUCAGCGAAUGCUCAGUGUUAUCCUUUCUUUGAAAGGAUAGUUUUGUAAAUUUUGAAUGUGAAACUUGAAUCCGCGCUUGUGGAAGUUGAAAUGAUUAUGGAACGUCGCACAGCCUUAUCUCUUUAAUUGUUAUUGACGAGAGGGAAAUAGGAGGUAGACCUAUUCUUCGCGGGGUAAAAUUGCUUUUUCUAACAACAAGCUCCUUCUUAGCUGUAUUAUCAAAGUUUUAGUCAACCUUCAGUGUGUUAUGUUUUAGUCUCGCUAGUUUGUUUGUUCAGGAAGAGAAUCUCUCACAGCAAAGAAGCUGUCCAACAUUUAUACGCAAUUACCGAUAAAAUGAAUUAGGAUUUCAAAGUCUACCAACUAGCCUAUGUGAAGAAGUUCAAAUGUUUGUGGCGUCGGGAAAACGGACAUAGGAGAAUAACGGUGGUUUUGAAUGAUGGGGAACUUAAGAUGCGAAUGAAAAGGCACUUAUGAAUUGAAGGAAUCUUGUCACAAACAGAAGAAACUACGAGUAACUAAUCCGAAGGAAGUGAAUGUGUCUAGAAGGAGAAAAAUACGCUACAAAGCAAAAACUAUGAGUGGAACGUGGUGUAACAAGGAAGUCGGUCAGCCAGUUUGUCAUAGAGUCAGGGAGUGUGUUGGUCAGCCAGUCAGUCAGUCGAUCAGUCUGUUAGCUAAUCAGUCGGUCGGUCGGUCGGUCGGUCGGUCGGUCGGUCGGUCGGUCGGUCGGUCGGUCGGUCGGUCGGUCGGUCGGUCGGUCGGUCGGUCGGUCGGUCGGUCGGUCGGUUAGGUAGGUAACUCUAUUUCAAAUGUAAUCAUAGACGGCUUGGAAAUAUAUCCUGCAAGUCUUAAAUAUUUUUCGUUAUCGCACUAAACUUAUCCCUUUUGCAGGGUCAAACGGAGGGCUAUAGCAAAAAGACAAUCCAUUUAAAUUCACUGACAAUCAUGAAUGGUGCCAAACUCGUGGCCACUGAUACUGUUUUGGACUCACCAACGGUUACCCUGCUACUGAAUGAAAGUUUAAGAGUGAUGGCUGGCGGUUGGAUACAAGGCAAGUGGAUAGACAUCAAUGCUGGUGAUAUUGAAGUGGAGGCAUCUGGAGUCAUAACCGCAGAGAAACAAGGCCACGAUGCAAAAAGUGGAUCUGGGUCGCCAUCAGGUAAAUAAGCCUCUCACGCAGUUUGCAUGUUUCGUGAUAUGUUUUGAUUUCUACUCACAGAGUUAUUGAGGAUAUGCAGUACAAUAAGUUUCUUAUAAACAGUGAUAUGAAACUAUAUAUGACAUUCUGUAUGAUGAGAUGAAUUAUGCAUUCAAUUGGAUUGGUUGUUGCUUAUAAACUAUUGUCAGAGAGAUGCAUGGAUGAUAUCACCCUUAAAAUCAUUUUGCUUUUUUUGUUCUUAUAUUGAAAAAAAUAGAUUCCAUGAUGCCGUGGGUUUGUACAGUAUUGUGUCUCAGAGGAUGUUCUCUGUGUUCUUACCACAUUUUGAUGUCAUUUUUUAUCUAUUACAAAACAGAUGCACGGCAUUAUGGAAUCUCUUUGAUAAGUAGAUGUGUAUUUCAAUCUCAAGAUAAAAGAGUAAUUUUAAACCAACAUCAUUUUUGUUUACCUCAAGAAAAAACAAUAUCCAUCAUUUACAAGUUUACAGUUACAUUUUAUCGAAACCUCUCCUAAGUUUUCUUCAAGGAUUUAUUGUUGACCUCUUGAUGAAAUUACUUUAAGGUUCCGCUGGUGCCGGUCAUGGAGGUCGCGGAGGUCUUGGAGACUCCGGGUCAUCCCCAGGUAACUCAUACGGCUCCCUUUUUCGACCUCUUUCACAUGGAAGUGGCAGCAUGUUUGCUGUUGGAGGUGGUGUCAUUAAGCUGGCAACUAGCCAAUCAGUUACUAUAGAUGGUUUAGUACAUGCAAACGGCGAGGAUGCCCUCAACAAGUCUUCUGGAGGGGGGAGUGGGGGAAGUAUCUGGAUCCUAUCCAAAGUCUUCAAAGGGAAUGGAGUCAUCAGAGCCUCAGGUGGAAGUGGAUUGUUUUUCGAAAGUGGUGGAGGGGGUGGAGGACGAAUCUCUAUUGCAUUUGACAACCGCACAUUCAGUGGCAAAAUAAAUGUUUUUGGUGGAGCAAGCAACAAAACGGCAGGGGGCGCUGGUUCCUUAUAUCUCCAUAAUAAAUACACAGAUUUCAAACAGCUCAUUGUUGACAACAACAAUAUAGGUUCACCUUUAACAGAUGACAUUACAGACGUCUCAAAUGACGGAGGUCGAACCUGGCUGACACCAGAACCCAACACAAUUGAAAUGUCAUUUGAUGAAGUUGACAUUCGAGGCCAAUCACAACUAGCCGUCCUCACAACUCCACCUGACUCACCUUUCCGCUGGAACAUUGGAGGCAUCCGUGGUGAUCGCUCAGGAAUCCUGCAUGUUAGAGCUAAUCAAGAGAUGUAUAUGACAAUAUCUGACAAUGAGGGAAAACAGCCUCAAUUGCUUUGGGGUGUCAAUGUGUAUCCAAGGGGUGACCUCAAGUUGCCCCAUAACCUUGUUGUUGAUGGGAUCAAAAUUAUUACUGCGGGAAGUUUGAGUGGAGCUCAAAACGUCACUGUGGGAAAUAAUGGAAGACUCAUCCUCAGGUAGAAUAAUUCUUAGUCAUCAAUGCCUGCUUUAUUAAAAUUGCAGUCCUUGCACAAAUCACAUUUAGGAACUUACCCUGUACUUUUGAAUGGCCCCAUAGUAAAUGGCUAAGAUUUAUCCCAUCACUCAAUAUUAUUAUACCUAUUUGUUUUUUGGUAGUCUGAACGCAUGGAUUUUAUGAUUAUUGAUUAUUACUAUUUGUAGGCAAUUAAUUUCUCCCAACAACCAGAUGUCCAGAAACCUUACAUUUGACGUGAUUGAGAUCCAGGGCGGAGGUAGAAUUGAAAUACAAAGCGACAAGGACGGCCUUUCAAUAAAAUGCACAGCCCUGUGGAUCCGCAGUGGUGGCGUUCUCAUCGCAGACCGCCUUUCAAUUGUGGCCGACUCAGUUACAAUUGAGCAGUCAGGAAUUAUUGAUCUUAACUAUAAGGUAAAUUUUUGUUAUGAAAGUGUUAUCAGAUAUGGAUUCUUAGAUAUGAAAUUCCACAAAUUUCUGUGCUGAAUCAGUAUAUGGGAAUGGUUUGGCAUGGAAAUGGACAUGACAUUCUGAUUUUACAACUUUUUCAAUCUGUUAGGCUGUUUAGGUGAUCCCACAUGUACACUCACUUUUACCAUCAAAAGCCUUUCUGAAACUCCCUACCUUUUCUUCAAAGACACAAGCCUUGGGAAGUACUAUGGUUGAAAUACACCGUAUUUCUCUUCUUGGAAAGUAAUUCUCUUCCCUAAUAUCAACAUUAUAGCCUCCUGGCUAUGUUUUUAAUUGUCUUCUGUUUUUUUUCUAACAGGCUGUUGUGGCAGGCUCAGGACCAGGAGCUGGGUAUUCACACUAUUCGGGAUCUUCAGGGGCCGGCCAUGGCGGUCGGGGAGGUAGAGGUCAAUCUGAGAAUCGAACUGGUGGUUUCUAUGGAGAUUUCAUCAGUCCAAAAAUGUUUGGUAGCUCCGGUGGUGGAGGAAGUGGUGAUGACAUAGCAACUGGCGGAGGUGUUUUCUACUUACAUGCUCAACGGAUUGUGCACGAUGGAGAAAUUUCAGUAAAUGGAAAAGAUGCUUUAAACAAUUCUGAUUAUGGUGGAGGAAGUGGAGGAAGUGUUUUUAUUGAAGUAGAAUAUUUUGACGGUUCUGGGAUAAUUGAAGCAAAUGGUGGUGCUGGUGGAAUCAAUGGCGGUGGUGGAGGUAGUGGUGGAAGAAUUGCCAUCUAUUACAAUCAGACAUUCUUCACUGGACAGAUUUUCGCAUAUGGGGGAGGGUCUACUGUUGAGAGUGGAGCAGCUGGGACUAUUUACAAGAAAAACAAACAUAAUGGUAAGAGUAUCCUAGAGGUUUACAAUGAAGGGAAGAAGCCAUUGAAAAAGGCAAUCGCUGAUUAUUCAGACUUGACAAGUGAUAGUGCGAGAACAUGGCUGACGAUAAGCCACAUUAUUGGUUCAUCGGUGCCAGUUACUGUGCCAGAUAUAAAUCUUGGGACCACUGUUUACAAAGGCCUCACAAUUACCGAAGUGAAGCUAGGUGGAUCAGCUCAUCUUGCAAUUGAACCUGACGCCACCAAGAUUCGCCUUCACACGUUUGCACAGUUUUAUGGAAUGUUUGAAGGAAACAGCUUUGGCUUCGUUCAUGUUGGACCUAAGCAACUACUUGCAAUGCCAGACACAGACUACUACAUUCCAGUUAAUUUAAAGGUUUACCCGUCAGGCUACAUUAAGUUACCGGACAGAGUCAUGCUACACAAGAACUCCCUGUCUCUUGAUGCUGGAUAUCUCAUUGGUGUCGAAGACCUAGCUAUCUCGCAGUGUACAGUUUCGUUUGGAGCCGGCUCUGGAGCACAAAGCACAGGAUCAUUACAGGCGAUGUAUUUUAAGAUUCAAACACUGACGAUCAUGAGCCAAGGGAUAUUAGAUAUGGUUGCACCAAACUCUAAUUAUUCAUUACAUAUUGACUCUCUAGUCAUCAACUCGGGAGGUGCACUAAAUGGACGAAAAGUAGAUAUUGUUGCAAAGAGCGUAACUGUUGAUGAGUCAGGGAAGAUAAACUUGGAUGGCCAAGGAGAGAAAUGUCUAGAUCCCAACGUUUACUACGCUGGGUCAGGAGGAAGUCAUUCGGGCUAUGGAGGGUUUGGAAUUGGAAGCAAGCGACAAGACCCAUUUGAUUCAGUUUUUCUCCCAGUAGCAUUUGGAACGGCUGGGUAUGCUGGGCGUUCAUCUUUUAGUUGUAUGGGUGGAUCUGGUGGUGGAUCCCUGAACUUGACAGUCGAUGGGACACUACAAAUUGAUGGUGAAAUCUCGUCCAGGUGAGGAUUUAUAAUAUGUAUUUUAUAUUUUUCGAAAGAAGUAAACUAUUUCAGUAAAGUUACUGUUUUGAACUAUUAAAAGUAUCGUUUGGAUGUUCUCUAGUCAGAAUGUAAUCCUCAUUUUCAUCAGAGAAAUUGAGAUUAUGGUAAUACUUCUGAUGUCCUGUGUGUUACUUUCUAAACCAUUUCAUGUAGUAUAUAGGGCCUUAAAAUGUUUUUUGACCGUGUGCAUUCAUUUCCUUUUCUCCAGAGGCCAAAAUGCUAAAGACAGUGAAAGUGGUGGAGGUGCAGGUGGUAGCAUUUUAAUCAGAAUCACUACACUAGAGGGUACUGGUACGUUCGAAGUCCAAGGCGGUGAUGGCGGAGUCUCCUCUGGUGGAGGAGGUAGUGGUGGAAUUGUUGCAAUUUACUACAAGAUAUCAUCACAUCAGUUUUCCUACAAGGUUCAUGGUGGAGGUGGCAAGAAGAUCGGUGCUUCUGGCUUCGUGUACACGAAGAGGGAUCUCCAGCGUAGUCGUCGGCAAGUAUCUGAGUCAGAUUCAGUACUGAUCCUGGAAGGAAGGGAGGUUUUGUCUUUUGAAUCUCCAAGUGUACUUGUCUGUGAUCCAAAACUGAUUGACUUUACUUUUGAGGAAGUGAAGCUUUUAAAAUCCAGCACCCUGACGAUGAUUUCAUGUUCUCAGGGAAGUCCUAUGACUCUGAUCGCAAGAACAAUGAAGGGUGACAAAACAGCGUGGUUGGUCGUGAAACCAAAUCAUGAUGUUUAUAUUGGCGUUACAAGCAUAGUUGAGCCAAGCAUGGAGCUAGAAUUUAAUGCGGAAAUUGAAGAUGGAGGGACGCUGUCUGUUCCGGGGAAUUUCUUCAUUUCUGGUGGUACACAGAUAAACCUUAGUGGCAGCUUAAUUGGCGUGUCGGACUUAACAGUCAACGAUAAAGGAAAACUUGUGCUUAAAUAUCCUGGACAUACUGGCUUUAGAAUAACUCCUGACCAGGGAAAAUCUGUAGUGCAGAUUUCAACUGUGCGAAUCAAAGAUGGUGGAAGCAUUACAACAACUUCACCAAGCAAGGUUGGAAUAAAAUCGGAUCUCUUACAAAAAGACUUUGGUGGGAAUCUUGGACCUGGAAUUUCUGUGUCUUCGAAUCAACGAAUAGAGCACACCAAUGGACCCUCUCUCAAUAAGCAGGGCUGCCCACAUGGAUACGAAGUUGUUGAAGUAGCUUCCAAAACUUUGUAUAACCCAUGCGGUGUUGGGAAGCACAUUUUUAACAAAAGAAAUGAAUCUUACCUCGUAUUAAAAAACGUCUCAGUGGCCAUAUCACAUAAUGAAACCGUUUAUGUAAUUAAGAAUGAGACACGCUUCAACGUCACAUACUACAUUGCUUGCGACUAUGACGAUUUCAAACUUUUACCUGGCCAAUCUUGCACCCUAGCACCAGGAAGCUAUAAAUACAAUUCUCUGGAAAUACAAGGAAGUGCUGCAAUGUAUGUUGAACCAGGAACAGAAAAAGGAAAUACUAGUACUUUAUCUGUUUCUAAGCUUACCAUCUUCUCUCAAGGCCAACUAAUUGCAAAGACGUCCAAUUUUAUUGAUGCCAUCUCGACACCCUCGGACUAUGGUGGCAGCUAUGGAGGUCUCGGAGGAGGUGCUUCUGAAAACAGCGCCCUAUAUGGUAACAUUUCAUUUCCUGUGGAUUAUGGUAGUAAUGGUGGAGGAAGCAGUCAAAAUCAUGGAUGGGGAGGAGGUGUGAUAAUCCUAAAGACAACAGAACUUUUCAACGAUGGGCUUAUUGAUGCUAGUGGUGGGGACGGAUCUUCUGGAGCUGGUGCUGGAAGCGGAGGCAGCAUCCAAGUAGUAACAGAUUAUAUGAAAGGAUCUGGUAUAUUCAGGGCUCGUGGUGGAAAUGCGAACUUCCCUGCUGGAGGGGGAGGCGGGGGAAGAGUUGGAAUAACGAUACGUAAGGGGCAGAGUGAGUUUCGCGGUCUUUAUGAUGCUACUGGUGGAGAUGGACGUAGACCAGGCUCAUCUGGAACUGUUUUUGUUCGUGACCAAAGACAAGGAGCUUCAUAUGAAAUGAUCAUGUUCUGGAACAAGAUCAUUGGCUAUCCUCCGGCUCAAUUACCAAACACGUCAGCUCCCUACACCUAUGAUGAAAUCCGUUUAGAAAAUCGCGGUACAUUCCUAGCAACAGCUCAGCUAGUAGUCGCUAAGAGCUUUGUUACCGAUGGCACUGGCAAACUAACAAUUUCAGGAGGUGCCCGAGUUGACAUUCUGAGUUUUUCAAAAUCCUCGAGAACAUUUUCAUGUGACCUUGAAAUACAAGCAGGUGGUUCCUUGUACUUCUACAAUCAACCAAUCUUUUUAGGUCCAGGUUCCCCUACUGUGGUAGUUGCCGGUAUUUUGGAUGCUAGAGAGCCUUCUGUUGGCAAAGGCAAGUCUAUAAAAAUAACUUCAACAGGGGAAAUAAGACUGGAUAAGCUGAGACUUCUUAAAGACUCUGUGAUGCGAGUGGAUUCUGAUGCCUCAAUCAAGAAGAGCUUCUCGUAUGCUCAAUUCCAUCUUACCUCACUGAGACUGGAUACGAAUGCACAACUUAUAUUUGCUCAAGAAAAUGUUUCUUUGAGGGCUGAUUUAAUUCAUCUUAGCCAGGGAGCAGCAAUCACGUCUGAUACCGAUACGAAACUUAUCAACAUCACAAGUAAUGAUAUUCUUAUAGAUAAUCAAGCAAGAAUAACUGCUGAUGAAGGAGGCUUUUUGGGUGGUCCAGGAAAGGCCAGCGGCUCUGGUAGUGGCUGUGGACAUGGUGGAGGAGGUGGGGGAGGCCAGGGAGGAGAGUCGUAUGGAUCAGUAUUUGAACCCCAGCAUUAUGGCAGUGGUAACAAUGCCCGUGGUGGUGGAGUAAUUUUCUUAAAUAUUAAAAGAGGAUUUACUCUAUAUGGCAGUGUAAGUGCAAAUGGUGCAAAUGAUUCAAGGGGAGGAGCAAGUGGCGGUAGUAUACUGGUCCAUUCAGGAACUUUAUCUGGUCACGGGGAGGUUCUAUCAAAUGGUGGUGAGGGACUUAGUAAUUCUUCCGGUGGCUCUGGUGGUCGUAUAGCGCUGUACAUUACAGAUAGGACAUCUUUCAAGGGUGUUCUCACUACUUACGGUGGAUGUGGGACCACUUGUGCUGCAGCCGGAACAAUCUUCAUCCGUGAGUAUGUGGUUGGACUGCCUCAGAACUCUACAGUAAUAGACAAUGGAGACAGGAAAACAGAAGCUAACACGAUUAUAAUGCACGAAAUGAAGAUCUCUUACACGAUGCGACUACUUAAACUCGUCAAUGGGGCCCGGCUUGAGGUAGCAACUGUUCCUAAUGUGGAAAUGAAGAUAGCCAUUCAGAAUCUUGAAGGUGAUGGAAGUGGAAGCUUUCAUGUGCAUCACAAUCAAACACUAACCCUGGGGGCUGGCAAGGCUGUUUCGUCACGACCGUUCAUGUUUCCAUGGGCAAUGAUCGUGGAUGAGGGAGCAACGUUGAAUCUAGAUCCAGUACUUUUCAUUACGCGAACAGCAAUUUCGCCAUCCCUGUACUUAGCUGGUAAACUGACUGGCGGAGAAAAAGUUACUGUUGGACAAGAUGCCUCUGUGGUUAUAGCAAAAAGUGGAGUUAUUGGAACUCACUCCAACACACCUGGAAAGUACUCAUUCCUCUCGCUUAAAGUCUCUAGUGGCGGACGCAUUACAAUUGAAGUUGAUGACGAUGCAAAUGCUCCUGUCGAACUCAAGUCCCUCUCUGUUGAUGUGGCUUUCGGUGGAGUUAUAAUUGGAAGAUACCUUAGAGUUGACGCAUCAUUAUUAAACAUUGCCUUUAGUGGAACUUUGCAAGCAAAUGGAUUAGGUAACCCUGCAGGAGUUGGUCCUGGUGCUGGCAGUUCUUCUUUGUUAACAGGAGGUGGUUAUGGAGGUUGUGGUGGAGGUAAUACCAAUGAAACCUGCGUGGUAUAUGGAUCAUUGUUUGAAGCAACAGAGUUCGGUAGUGGGGGAGGUACAACACAAGUUCCAGAUGGUAUCUUUGGUAGUGGUGGUGGUAUCAUAGAGGUAGAGGCUCAGGUUUUAAUUGUUGAUGGAACCAUUUCUUCAAAUGGUCAGAGUGGCAGCAGCACAACAGGCGGUGGUAGUGGUGGAAGUGUGGAUAUUUCUAUCUCGGAAACAUUCAGUGGUCGAGGAAAAAUAAAAGCUGAAGGAGGAUACGUAUCUGGUCAAGUGACAGGAGCUGGUGGGGGAGGUCGCAUUUCUAUACUUAUAACUGGUGAUAACAAAUUUAGUGGUUCUUUGAGUGCUCGUGGCGGAAGUUCAUCGGCUAAAAGUGGAUCGCCUGGAACGGUUUACACUGAAGAUGGAGAAACAGUUUUACGUAAAAGAAAACUCUUUCUCGAUAAUGGCGGCAUCUCUUCAAACUCACCUUUGCCAAUUUUUUUGAAUCAAUCAGUUGUGGCUUCUUAUGAUUUUCAAGAAAUCCACUUAAAUGGCCUGGUUAUGCUACACGUUGAUAAAGAUAUGGAAGUUGAGAAGCUGGUCACAGACUCCGACAGCGUUAUAUAUAUCAAAGAUAAUGUUACUUUCACUGUCGAGCCAAAUUCGAAGUAUCUCCAGCCUGAUUGUAGCUUUAUUGUGGACGCCAAUGGUGAAAUUCGUAUUCCAGACAAAGUCAUGUUUCUCGGAAGAAACAACGUUUUCAAAGGUACUUUGACGGGUAUACUGGAUAUGGUUAUUGGUGAGAACAGAAAGGUUUAUCUAUUGGCCUCGGCGCGAACAGCUCGUUACAUUGAUGGUAAGUACACAUUUAUCACUCACCGUGGAGAAUACAGAUUUUCAUCGCUGAGAAUAAAGAAUGGUGCAUUCUUCUCGUUUGAAAAUGCGCACUUGAAGAAAGUUCCUCUCACUCUUGGGCGGCUUGAGAUAAACUUUGGGGCUUCGAUGCAAGGCAGCUGGCUUGACAUCAAGGCUUCUGAUGUUAUCAUACACUCUGGCGCCACUAUUGACCUCUCUGCUCAAGGGUACGAAAGUGACAAGGGGCCUGGGGCAGGAGGUCUACAUCAGUCCGAUGGAACUGGCGCUGGGCAUGGUGGCUAUGGUGGAAUUAGCACCGUAAACUUUGGAAAGUGGUAUGGUUCUGCACUCAAUCCAAACAAUACCGGAAGUGGCGGUGGCAGCUCCAGUAGUGGUAAAGGAGGAAAAGGUGGUGGUUAUCUUCGCUUAACAGUUGUUAGGUUACUUACACUUGAAGGGACAAUAUCAGUAGAUGGAGAUGGUGGAACAGUGUUAAAUAGUGGGGGAGGUAGUGGAGGUAGCAUUUGGAUCUCAGCAGACAACAUACAGGGUAAUGGGAUUGUUAGUGCAGAAGGCGGUGAUGGCAACGGUACUGGAGGUGGAGGCAGUGGUGGACGUGUUGCUCUCUACUUGCAAGGAUUGAUGAGUUUUGAAGGUCUUUUGAAUGCAAAAGGUGGUGACGGGAAAGACGCUGGUGCUGCUGGAACACUUUAUAUUCAGGAUAAUAACAAACGCAUCCCUCGCAAACGCUUAUGGAUUGACAACCUGAAAGUUGGCAACAACAAACCUCAAACGGUGCUUUAUGAGGCAGACAGAGUUAACUUUCUUUUUGAUGAGCUUCGGCUUAAUGGAAUGUCUCGCUUUGAGAUAUACAAUCUUCAAAGGAAGCUUCAAACUAUCCAGGUUACAAAUUUUAUCUCCGAUGGUGUUGGUGAAAUUGCCAUAAGAAAAAACCAAACUCUUCUCGCAGAAGUCCUUGAGGCAAAAGAGAGUCACCUAACCUUGACAACGAACAUCUACGUUGAGGAAGGUGCUAAUCUGGUUGUGGCUUCGAAUUUAACAAUUGAUGGUGCAACACUUACCUUGGAUGGUAAACUAUCAAAUGUUCGACAUCUUGUCGUUGAGUCAGGGAGUGCCAUUAAAUUUGGAGUCACAUCACAGACAACGCUUAUGGAGAACAAGAACUUUGUAUUUCAGAGUGACCCUGGAACGCAACAGUUUGCAAGUGUGACGCUAAAGAGUGGCUCUGACUUUGGGGCUCCCCUUAAUCUUAAGCUUAGUGUUGGAAAGUUGAAUAUGAAGAGUGGGGUGAUUCUCCAAGGUAAAUUUGUUGAUAUCAAAUCCCAGUCGCUUCUCAUUGGUCGUGGGGCAACUCUAACAACUAACGAUAUCAUGGAAAUAGAGUUAAAUGCUGGUGGUAGAGGACACUCUUCGGGUAAUGGUGGCUCUGGCGGCGGGCAUGGAAGUAUUGGUGGAACUGGAUAUAAUACGUUAGCUGGUGGGAUUCCCUAUGGAACGAUUUAUGAGCCAAAUCAACCAGGAAGUCCAGGUGGUGAUGGCGGUUCUGGUGACUCAGGUGGAAAAGGCGGUGGAGUUAUAUCAAUUGACACUGAUAUUCUAGAAAAUGAUGGAUCCAUCACAGCUAAUGGUGGAGAUGCAUCUCAGAGCAGCCAAGCUGGUGGAGGAAGCGGUGGCAGUGUGUACAUAAUCGCCAGUAGCGUAUUUUCUGGUACAGGGACAGUUUCUGCCCAUGGUGGGCGUGGAGAUGGCGCUGGUGGAUGCGGUGCAGGCGGACGAGUGGCAAUAAAUCUUAAAUCUCAGUAUGCAUACCGUGGAACAUUGGAGGCCUUAGGAGGAAUUUCUAGUAGCAGUGGAGCUUCUGGUGGUCCAGGCACAGUUUACAUCAAAGACGUCCGCUACAAGUUAUAUUUUGAACAGUUGCACGUUGAUAACCAAGGGCAAAGUUGGCAAAACUAUGUUACUCUAAACGAAAGUAAAACAUCCUAUCACUUUCAUGAGCUUCACUUAGUACACAAAGCAUCGUUACGUAUGACUCCCAGUUCAAACUUGACUCAGUCUUCAACGCUUAGCAUCGGGAAACUCUUUGGAGAUCGAUCAGGUCUUCUGCAUCUGUAUAAUGGCCACAAAGCAAUAAUUGAAGUAGUAGAGGCACAGCUGACAACUACUAAGACCCCAGUGAACUUAAGAAUUGACAGUGGGGCCGAAGCUGUUAUGGCAACAACGGUUUACAUUGUUGGCGAUGGCGCUGUGGCGUUACAUUGCAACGGAACAUUAAACGGCGUUCGUAACCUUUAUGUUACUCAAAAACGUGUCGUUCUCUUGGAACAAGGCUCACGAACACUAAGGGACGAUGAACAACCAGGAACCUUUAUGUUCUCCAAUGUGAAGUUAUUUAGCGGAAGUUCAGUGACCAUGAAGGAUGAGAUCGUGAUGAAAAUUAUUGCUGGAUUCUUAAACAUAAAGUUCCAUGCAAGCUUGGAGGCUCAUUAUUUCGAUAUUGUAACUUCAAAUCUUGACGUGGAAACUGGGGGACUACUUAGUGUUGCUGGUGACAACAAGGCACGUUUGGCUGUUGAACCAAGUGAAGUAUCUUCACUUCCGCAGGGAGCUGGGGCAGGACAUGCCAGCAACGGAGGAAGUGGCUAUGGAGGGGCUGCUGGAGGCUUGUAUCAUGGAUCCCUUUACAAACCGAAAGAGUCUGGUCGCAGGGGUGGAAAAGGUACAAAUAACGGUAUUGGUGGAAGAGGUGGUGGAUAUGUUAAAAUUGAGGCUGGCACACUCAUCAUCAACGAUGGCAUCAUUACUGUUGAGGGUGGAAGUGCUGUAAGCGGUGGAGGAGCUGGUGGGGGAAGUGGCGGCAGCCUUCUAUUCAACACAGAAUCAUUUAUUGGUAAGUCUUUUCCAACCACCUUAUUUCAACUACUACUGCUUUAUUUCAGCUACUUAUGCUGGGGCACGUAGGGAAGUUAUUUUUCUGGAAGUAACAAUUUUAUUUCUCUUGUUAGCCCUUACCUUUAAUAGUAACUCAAUCAGCAAGCGAAACUCUCUCCCACAGGAAACUGAUAAUUAUUUAUAAGUGCGGAUGCUAAUCGCAUGACUUUAUAAUUCUUGUAGAUGGAAUAUUACCCAAAAUAUCGCUUUAUUUGUAUGUAUAUUACAUUAUAUGAUAAGCUGAAUUGGACAAGCAUUUUGGUUUGUUCAUACUUAUAGACCAUUGGAGCGCAAACACAUAAGAUGGAUAAUCUGUUAAACAAAUGGAGUCCUUGUCGCUGUGCGUCUGUUCAAUAAUAGAUCAAAAUGUGAGAGGAAUUGCGCCUGGCUUGCCACUUUUUUUCUUACUACAUUUUAACGUCAACUGUAAUCUAUUGUUGAAGAGACGCACGGCAACUUUAAAUUAUAAAAAUGACGAACAACUGAUCAGCAAACGAUGUUUUCGUUUUUAAUUGGAAGUCUUUAUUCUGAAAGGUUAUGGAGAAAUGAACAGUAAUGGUGGGAAUGGAGGAGGUACCAAUGCUGGUGGAGGUUCCGGGGGAAGGAUUGCAAUUUAUGCCACUGAGAACCUUUACAGAGGGACUUACCAAGCUUUCGGUGGAAGCUCCGUCUCAGGGGCUUAUGGAGGACCAGGCACGGUGUUCUUACAGGAUAUACGUUCAAAGAGGCCUUUCAAGCAGCUGCGAAUUGACAACCUAAUGCGUUCCAUUAAAGAUCCAGUCACGAUAGAUGAAGCCAACCUAACCAAUCAUGAUUUCUCACAAGUUCACCUGUUUGGACGUGCAGCCAUCAAUAUGGCUGUUAGAAAGGAACGAACGACUUUGAAAAUGUCGAGAUUGUUUGGAGAUCGAACAGGACUUCUUCAUUCCCGUGCGAACCAAACAUUUCAUUUGGAAGCGUCUGCCACGGAACAUAGUGUGUCGAAGCCUGCUGUCAACUUGAGAAUUGAUGAAAAUGCUGAGAUGGUCUUUGGCGCGUCAUUAUACGUUAUUGGAGAUGGAGCCAAAGGAACUGGACAAAUAACUGGUGACUCUUCUUUCACAAUUGAUGGAAGAAUGAUAGACGUUACUCACCUGUUCCUUACUAAGCGUUUGAAGUCAAGAUUCUUAUCCCACGCUCAUUCUGCAGAUUACCAUAAUGAAACUUUAACUGUGAGUGCUGUAGGCACCUUCGUGCUAGCCACGUUUGAGAUCCAAGAUGGUUCAGAAGUAUUUUUUCCUGAUGUGCAAGGAGUUCAAUGUGAAGUUGGACUCCUUCACAUGAAAUACGGCUCCGUGAUUGUGGCAGAUACAUAUCACAUUGGAGUUACGUCGCUUCUUCUUGAAACCGGAAGUAAAAUAACUGCUUCCGGAAAAGUUCGUCCGAGUGGUUAUGACAGUUCUGUUCUUCCCAGUUCUUGUAAAGGUUCAGGUGGAAGCUAUGGAAGCAAAGGUGGAAAAGGUAAAGUAGCUUUUAAGGAAGUGAAGUUCCCUUAAAAUCUGCUGAGAUUUUUAUGUGGUCAUAUCUUAGUUGUGGAAAUUUGUGUUUUGAAGCCGAUCUGAAACUGAGUUACGUCAAAACCUUUACCAUCCUCUUGAAGCGUACGCCGACAGGCCCUUUUGAUCUGAGAAAGGAAAUGAUUUCGUGAAUAAGGCUUUGGAGGUGUUAAUUUAUGUUAUCAUGUUUGCUAUUUCUUCUAGGUCAUAAUGGCGUUAAUGAACUUCAUUCCUAUGGUAGUAUCUUUACGCCUGGUCACUAUGGCUCAGCUGGAUGCCCAGGAAGUCAGAAUGGUGGAAAGGGUGGAGGACUUAUCAUCAUGGAAGUUGGGGAUGAACUUUACCUUGAUGGUACCAUAGCGAACGACGGACAGGACGCUGCUAGUGGAUCAGCCGGAGGGGGCGGAAGUGGCGGAAGCAUCUGGAUCAAAUGUGGUAGAUUUAAUGGUCACGGCCUCAUAACUUCAAACGGUGGUGCAGGCGAUGGUCUCACCUCUGGUGGUGGAUCCGGUGGACGGAUUGCUGUUGAUACUCCAACGGAGAAUAAGUACGUUGGUGAAUACACUGCCAUUGGGGGAGAUUCAGGCGACCCAUCGAAAGACACAACUCAGUAUUCUGGUGGGCCAGGCACAGUGUUCUUGAAAGAUGCGCGAAAUCAGUAUGCGCACACGCAGCUUCGCUUGGACAACAAAGGUAGAACUUGGGAUCAUUAUGUCAACCUCAACGAAAGUUUGAAGUCUUACACCUUUGACGAACUUUAUCUCGUGCGCAAGGCCGCUAUUCAUUUGGUCCCAGAUGGCAAACCAUUGAACUUGACUGUGCACAAAGUGGAAGGUGAUCGAACUGGACUUAUUCACGUACACGAGAAUCAAACUUUGAAAGCCGAGUUUUUAGACGCAGUGUACACCAUCACCAGGACUGCUGCAAACUUCAAACUUGAUAAGGGGGCCAAUGCUAUUAUGGCGACGUCGGUGCACGUAGUUGGACAAGGAGAAGUGGCAUUUGAAUGGAAUGGCCGCCUUAUAGACGUGCAGCACUUCCAUGUCGCUUACGGUCGAACCAUUAAGAUUGGUUUUUAUGCUCACACUGCUGGUACUAAAGCAGGAAAGUAUCGUUUUAUUGAUGGUUAUGGUACGUUUCGUUUUUCAACGCUGGAAUUUGGGAGUGGUACUUUAAUACAUUAUCCACCGCCUAUGGGAGUACACUUCAUCGUUAGCCUAUUGGUAUGUGUGCAAGCUAAUUCAAGUAAAUGAUGUUACGAAAAUUAUUGUUUUUGUUAGGUUAGAAAUCAAACCAGGUUGGAUAAAAAAAUGUAUGGCUAAAAUAGAGUCGAUAUUGCAUGCAUCGUAUUGAAAAAUUGAUAUUUAACUACAGUGUAAACUGCAUAGAUGUUAUGGCAAAAUGCCUGAAGAAAGUCCAAAUCCACUAUUCUCUCGUCACACUGCGUUAUUACUGAAAGUGACAAAAGCGAUAACAGAUGUGGAAGGAAAAACCUUUUUUCAUCUCAGUAUCUGAUAUGCAUGAUACUAGACUAGGCUUCUUUUAAAACAAUGUUUUUUCGUUUGGACAGGAUAUCAAGUUCAGCUCAUAUUUUGAAGCAGAGUUCUUCAAAAUUGAAGCUACUGACUUCUACCUUGAACCGAAUGCUACUCUCAACUGCGCUGGAAGGGGGUUCGAAAAUAAAACAGAGGGAUCAGGAAAGGACUCUGCUUCAGGAGGUUCCGGAGCGGGGCAUGGAACACCAGGUGGUGAUGGUAAAGAUGUCAGUGGAGGAGAAGAAGUGGGUUCCGUGUAUGAGCCAGUACUUCCUGGUGCGAGAGGUGGGACGAGAACUGGAAGGACUACUGGCAGCAGGGGAGGGGGACGUGUUCGUGUAAGUGUUGGAUUUGCCUUUCGAUUGGACGGGAUUAUCAAUGUCGAUGGAGACGAUGCAGCAACGAAUUCAGGUUAGUGGUAUAUUAAAAGGACAUGGUUACGGUAUGAAAGUUAGAAUAUGUGCAGUGAGGUAGUGUGAGAUUACCUCAAGGAGAUAUUUUCAACCAAAAUGUUUAGCACCCAUUAUUAUCUAAAUUUUCUGCUAUUAGUGGCGGUUCUGAGGAGUCAGUGGUGCGUGGAAACUAGACUCUAUGAUUGCAUCCGUGUACCUCAAUAGAUAUAUUUAUAACUCACGUUUUUGUCAGCAACAUUUCCAAAAUGAAUGACUCAAUACGUAAAUAAGUUAAUAAAGCAAAGAAUAAAUGGAUAAGUAGUAUAAAAUUUAUUGUUUGUUUAAGUAUGGUAGAUUGUAUCACCAAAGCUUAUGAAUUGUGUCUGUUGAAUUACAGGAAGUGGUGCCGGAAGUGGAGGUAGUGUCUGGAUAACAACUGGCUAUCUUCGUGGCCAUGGCGAUAUAUCUGCACGUGGCGGAGUAGGAAACACUGACGGCCUUGCCACAGGUGGAAGUGGCUCAGGAGGACGAAUUGCAGUUCAUGUGAAAAUCAAAGACGAGUACAGAGGUGGCUUUUACGCCUUAGGUGGUGUAUCUUCUGGGACCCAACAUGGUGGUUCAGGAACUGUGUACAUAGAGGAGAUCCAGGGUGAUAAGUUAUUCAGACGGCUGUAUAUCGACAAUCAGAAUGCAAAUCCACCAAAGGUCUUUACCUUGGACGAGAUGAACCCAAAGACUGUGAAGGCGAAUGCUACCGAAGAAAAUGACGCAGAGUUUGGAUUUGAUGAACUGAUGCUACAAAGAGGCGUAAGCUCUUACUUUUUUUUACCUUGAUUUUCGUUACAUUUGCUCGAUCAUACCUUUGCGUUGGGUUUUCGUGGACUACGUUACUUCAACUUACCUAAUUUUUUUAUCAGACCUCAGACCCCCGAAAAACUCAGAAUUGUGUACCAUGUUAUGACGAUUGCUUUGCUUUGGAGCCGUUAUCUUAAGUAUAAAUAUGGGGUAGACGGAUGCGUAGCGUGACACUUUCUCCAUAACAGUGUCACGUUAUUGUGAGCGGAUGUGGUUUUUAUGGAUUUACCUCUGAGCAUCCUGGCGUUCUCGAAACCACACAAAAAAAAAUGAACACAAGCUCGAACAAUUCUAUGUAA